CGCACUCGCGACCGUCAGUCGAAGGUUCGUUGCUCGGUCGGCUGUUUCGUCGUUCUGUCCGCGCAAUCUUAUCUGGUUCAGGUGUCGUGUACAAUACAAUUUUUAAUAUCGUUGUUUCGUGCGUUGAAAGUUUAUAAUAUUUUAUCACACGGGCACACAGACGUCUCACGUUCGUUCCGCACACGCGUAUAUUAUUAUUAUUAUUGUACACGCGCGCAUAAACACACACAUACACACACGUAUAUUUAUUAUUAUUAUUUUUUUUUUUUCCAUUAAAAUAUACACGCACACACGUGCGUCGCGCCGGCAUUAUAAUAUCACCGCAACGCCGUUCCGACGCGUACUUAUUACAAUACAUUAUUAAUAUUACCAUGAUAAUAAUAUUGUAAUCUCGCUUUCAUUUGGGUUCCGUGUCGUUAUCACACGCCCGAGCGAAAACCCCGGUAUUAAUUAAUAAGUGUUCGCGUGUUUGUGCGCGCGCGCGCGCGCGCCCAAGAAACGGACCGUUUAUCGUUUUUUUUUUUUUUUUGAAAAAAAAAAAAAUAAAAAAACCGACGUCCGUGUGUUUUUAUUUUUUUUUUUCGUUUUUCGUUCGUUUUUGUGCGUUUUUAACGAAUUUCGAAAAAAUCGCGUUUCGAUCGUGGUUUUUUUUAAAAAAUAAAAUUUUAGUUUUUCGUACGUUUUCGUUUUUUUGUUUUAAUCUAUAAGUACAGCGUGAACUUUCGAUUUUAAUUUUUUAUCGUUUUUCCCGCGAACACGUCGAAAUCGGUGGAUUAUUUCGCUACACAAGAGUACUCCGGGCGAAAUCGCGUAGUUUUAUCUCGUACGAAAAAUACACGCACACACACACACACACGCACGCACAUAAAAUAUUCGCGGUUCCGUUAUUGGUAAAAAAAAAAAUAAAAAAGUGCCACGGAGUGCGUAUACAUAUAAUGGUGCUCGCGUUUGACGUCGGCAACGGCGUGACCGCGUCCGAAACGAUGUUAGCAGCACACGUCGUUACGAUCACGGGAUCCAAUUCCUGAGCGCCGACAAAAUAGGACACCGCGCGGGCGACGCGCGUACGCGUAAAAGUCGAGACUGCGGCCACGACGGUUUCCGCACGCCCGGCGACGAUGGUCGAGCGAAUCGCAAACGAAACGGAUUGUAACAUGCCACAAGGCUCCUGUUGGUCUACGGCGUUUUCCGGCUAUUAUUUGUUUCUCGCCAGGCAUUCAGGUAACGCGAUAACGCGCCGAUAAUACGUUACAAUUGAUUAGUUGUUCCUUUUUUUUUUUUUUUGUUUUUUUGUUUCUCUCCCGCUGAUAAGCGCGCCGUCGUAUUAUCAUCACGGUAACGCACGGCCUAGGGACCCGGGCUAUUGUAACUCUCGAUAAAAUAACAUUACAAUGAUAUUCGGAAACGAGUGUGGGAGAUAAGCGAGGAGAGCGCGCGCGCGCGCUAGCGCCCGACCGGCCGACCGUAUGCGUGCGUAUAAUAAUUUACGUGUGCGACCCGACGUGUGGAUUUUCCCGUUCCGCGUAAACUUUUACCGAGCCCCCGUACGACGUUAUAUCGAUCUCGACAAAUUUUUCCUUUUUUUUUUUUUUUUUUUCUUCGUCGUAAGAAAUAUGUUCGUAACAAUAUUAUCGUCUCGUUUUAUUGCCCUCCCACCCCCCCCACACCAAACCCCCGCCGUCCGACCGUCCGUACAUACACCGUUCGCGACCGCGACACGAACACCCCCCCCGUACAGUAAUUAUAACGUUUCGCGUCGAGUAUAGGUUUUAUAACGUUAUAAAUUAUUUUCGAGUGCAUAUUAUGCUGCGACGUUGAACGCCAAGUACCCAACUAUAACUACGGUGUUAUUAUUACGAAAAUGAUAACGACCGCGUAUCGGGCAUUGUUGUGUACACAAAUCGCGGUUCUAUCGUCGUACAUUUUUCACGUCCCGCGGUAAAGUAUAAUUGAAUGGGGAAUUUGUCGAAACGGACGCGUGCAAAUAUAACGUCUAUUUGCGUAUCGAGAUCGUAACGUGACGCGCGGGGUACUUGUACGUUUUCAACACGUGAUGACGAAUGUUACGAAAUAUAAUAUUGCGUACGCGCAGACACGAGAGAUGAUGAUGAUGAUGAUGAUGAUGAUGUACGGAUGUAAUGGCAUUUUCAGAACAUCGCGAAAAGCCAGUAGCGAAACGGCGCUUUUGCCGGCGGCGUAUUUUACGGGUGGUGGGAUGCGUGGGGGGGGGAGGAAAGCAGCGGGUACGGGCGGAUCGCCUUUACCCCACGGCAUUUUUCGACGGCGACGUUUCAGUUUCCAGCGCGGCCAGUUGGCCGGCCUACGCGGGCAACCGCGAAACACGAACAUUUAUACCCGGCGGCGUAUUACGACUUUUGAAUCGCUGCCGCGCCACCCCGGUCGAACGCAAGUUACGCCACCGGCGUUUACGUGUCGUGAAUGAAAACUGAUCACGCGUACCUGCCAAAACCGUAAAUCUCGAUGAAAUAUUUACAGGAAACCCGUCCGGUCUCGCACUCCGAACGAAUAGCCGUUCGACUUUCGUUUCGGUGCGUUCCGCGCACGUUUCGGAACACGCGUCUUUUACGCGCUCGCGCUUUUUUUAUUUGCCCCCCCCCCCCGGUCGGAUAUUGUUUCGCAGGAUAUAACCGUUUACGGAUACGUUAUCAUAUUGUAUUUCGCCAUUAUUCGCUUUAUUACAGUUGUACGUUGUCGGUGAUAUUCCGCGCGAUAAUAUUAAUACACCGCGGCCCGCCGCGGGGCCCCGGCCGCGCGCGGUCGUUUAAUAAUAUCCAAAUCUGCAUGUUAUUAUAUGUUAUUCCAUAGUCGCCGCGCGAUUAUGCGCACAGGGAUUAUUGCACAAAUAUAAUAAUAAAAAUAAUGAAAAAAAAAAAAAAAUAAAAAUAUUAUACGCGUACGUAUCGGUGCAUUAUAAUGGGGCGACGCUGUGUGCGCCAAAGGGGCAAAACAAUGACGUCGACCGAAAAUAAUAAACGAACCGCCGAAAUCGAAUACGAACCGGUGAGAGAGUGUACAAUAAUAAUAAUAACAGCGAACGGGGCUAAUUUGACCGGAAAUUUUUGCACACCGAGACGGGGUUGGGCGGUUUUUUUAUUAUUAUUAUUUGUAUUUAGAAGGGCCUAAAACAAUAGUCGCGUACGAUGUAUACGAUAAUAUUCUGACGUUUAAAAAAAAUUUUUGUUUUUUUGGCACACACGAUUCACUGCGGGCCUGUUUCCGCAUUGCUAGACGAUUUUUUUUUUUUUUUGAUUUUUUAUUCUAACAUGUAUACAAUAUUUUCUCAUCGGAGAAAGUAUAAUAUACAACCGGCUAUAACGGACUAAUGAUAAAUGUACACACCAUAUACACUGCUACUACUGCACUAUAUUAUAAUAUUCGUUUUACUCGCCUUCGCGCAAUAUAUUAUAAUAACGGAAUAUAAUUAUUAGAUCUACGAAACCGACACAUGGUUAUCAUUAUUAUAUUAUCCGAACGUGUACGUGAAAUAAUUAUCAUGCUCUCACGUACAAUUCACACGAUAUAUUUCGCGCGUAUCGAUAAAAUCCGACCGAAUUGUGAAUAUUGCAGUAGUACCGGCGUGUAAAUGUUCCUCCGCCGCGUAUCAUCAUGUCCGAAAUGCACGAGAUUUUGUUUUUUUCGGGAUUCGUUUAACCGUUUUGUUUUUAGAACGUUGUAGGUGUGCAAUAUAACAAUAUACUAUUUUUCUAUGUGUAUGUACCUACCUACGUCAUAUAUUAUACCGAGGUUAUUAUAAUACAAAAAAAAAAUAAAAAAAAUAUCGUCAAGAUCCGUUGUUAUAAUAUAGACGUCGUACAUUCGUAUACAUGAUGUGUACGUGUAUAAUACGUAUCGGAUGUUUGCUAACAUUGUUAUAUAGGAAAACCGUAUUUAAUUUGAUGUGUCAUAUUAUUUUUUUUUUAUUUUUUUUUCCCAUAUUGUGUCUUACGUGUCGCGCGUACACCGUAUUAUUGUGUACAUGAAAUUCGAAGUACUAACGCGUAUACCUAUUACGGUGUACGACGAAAUUCUCGGAAUUCGAUUUUUUCUUUUAUGCAUUUUUACUUUUUAGAAAGUUUUCGAUUGAACACGUCUCGCGCGUUGUAACGGCAAAUAUUUAGACAAAAAAAAAAAAAAAAAAAUUUGCGGGAACUAUCGCGGAUUGAUUUUAUGAAGAAAAACAAAAAAAAACCUCUAUAAUAAAGCGCCUUUAUAGUCGCAGUCGUGCGAAAAAUUAUCCAGUAUUGAAAAAAAAAAAAAAUAACCGCGUUUAACUUUCAUAAAUGCGUGCGAAAAAAAUAAUGUCCGGACGGUGGUACCGCGUGUGCGUGUUAUACCGUGCAGUUCGGGGACCGCUCAACGCGUAAUUCCCGAGAUUGAAACCCAAACGAUCGAAACAGUUUUAAUCGACAUUGAAAAUUCCGCACGCAAAUCGAUGUAUGUAUGGUGUGGUGUUAAAACCCCGUCCGGUCGCUUUUCGCACGACGAGAUUGACGGCACCGCGGCGGCGUUCGGAAACUCGUCUUUGAAAUAUUCAAAUCCGGUAAACGGGACGGACACCCGCGCUGCCAGACGUGUGUGCGUACGUGUGUACUAUACGCAGUGCGUGCGCGUGUACCUAUUGUCGGAGUCUGCGCGUAUGAAUGGAAAAAGCGGUCCUGGGUUUUUUUUUUUUUUUUUAUUAUAUUUUAUUUUAUUUUAUUGCUUCUUUUUCGUCGAACGAAAUCGUCGCCGCGCGACAAGAAAGAAAAACGAUCGCGACGAUAUUCCGCAGUUUUACACACAAUAUCGGGGAACGUUGUACAGACGAGCCGCGCGUGCGUUUUUUUUUUAUUCAAUUUCAUAAAGAAAAUAAUAAUAUUGUUGUAUUCGGCGGGGAUGGAUCAAACCGCCCGGUUUCGCGUUAUUAUACGCGACCCGUUGUCUCGUAAAUCAAUACGUUUCGACCGGUUUAUAAUUCUUUGGUGGUCCCCGCGGGGGAAAAAAAAAAAAAAAGGGGGGGGGGCUUAUUUAGUUAAUUUCGCGUAUAGGUUUCAAUACAUACAUAUAUAUACGAACGAAUUACGUUUAUCGACAGUCGCUGCUAAACGAUAUAUUACGUACAUAACGGCGUGACUGGUCAUUUCGCUAAACGGCGCCUCAAGUCGUACGACGGAGUACGCCAUUUCCUCCCCUCCACCCCCCCCCCCCUCCCGAAACAAAAUAAAAACAAUUACGACGGUUUGAGACUGUGCUGAUUGUCAGUACAACACGCGCGUUAAGUCUCGUUCACGCGACGACAUCGACGACGUGACUUUUGCAUAACACGCGGUGUGUGGCGAAUCAAAAAUUUUAGAUAUGCGACACUGAGCUAUGUGAUAAGCCAUGUUACCCUAUAGAGCGUCACGGCAAUUGCGGUGUCGUCGCCGUCGUGCGAACGACGUAUCAGGAAUAGACCGGAAGAACGAAGGGGAGAAAAUGACCGAAUUACGAAAAAAAAAAAAAAAAAAGGGCGGGGGGCGCCGCAAAAUCCACUUGAAUCCGCCCUAUAACGUACAUGAUAUACUUCGCCGGCGCCAAAAGUUUAUUCGUGUCACCCGAGGCCGGGGCCCGUGUCGAAUAUUGUAGGCACUGUGCAGGUACAGGUACAGAGAUAUGAUGAUAGACGCGAGUUUAAACCGAACAAUUAAAAUCUGCGUGGGCGUUUGCGAAGGAUCUUACCUUGUUUGGCGCGGGGGGUCCCUCGCAAAUUCAAUUUCGUUGCCCCCUCCCCGUCAGUCCGGUCCUGCGCGUGCCAUUAUCGUUUUCCCCGCCUUGUAUAUUGUGCACGGGUAAUACUGUCGCCCAAGUGUAUUGCGCUCGCGGGAACGGGUCGCACACAUACACAUACAUGUAUACCCGCGGCCAAUAAUUAAUUGGUUUUAAACGCGUUUUUCGUCGCGUGCGUCGCGUACGCGCGAUGACGCGAUUCGUUCGUAUGUCAUUGCGGGGACGAGAUGCACGGCAGUGGCAAACAAUAAUAACCGCACAAUGGUUGGCCGUUGCCGCCGCGAUUGGAUUUUUAUGUGAAACAUCCGGUGCGUAUCCGGAGUGUUUUGACAAUGAGCGAGCUUUAUAAUCGACGGCUGAGCACGUACACUCGCGAUUUCCGAUUGACAAUAUACGCGACGGGCCGCCGCCGCCGCCGACUCGGAAUGCAUUUUCGACAAUGGGUUUUUGUGCGCCGCGCGUCGGCGGUGGCGGCGGCGGCGACGGUUCCUACCGCCGGUUUUUUUUUUUUUUUCCCGUACACGAAAAACGUUUGAUAAUAUUUAAUAAAAACGACGCGCGUAUGCAUACGGAACAACGGGUAUAGAUUUACAAUCGACAAUCGAGGAUGUGUGUGUGUGUGUGUGUGUGUGUACAUAAUAUACCUGUAAAUACGGGAGGAUGCGCGCGCGUGUGUGCGGGCGCGCGCGUGUGCGUGAAUGACGGGAGAAAAUAAUUGCGCAAUAUGUUUUUUUCACGAGUGACCAGUCGAUCGGUAAAGUCUGUUGUUGCUGUUUGCGCGAGGAGAGAGCGCGAUAUUUUCGAGAAGAGUAAAAAAAAAAAAAAAAAUGGCAACGUUAAAAACAGCUCUUUAUACACAAUGGACACGGCGAUUAAAUGUGUAUAGGAAAUUCUCUGUUACAUUAUAAUGUGGAGGAAGACUCUCCUCGGCGGAACGGGUUCAAGGUCAACGGACCUCCAACGCAGCCAAUCAAUGGUGCAACCGCGAGAGAGUUAUUAGUUCUCGUUUAUGACAUGUUUCCGUCCGUACGUAUACGUAUGAUUUCGAACACGACGAACGUCGGUUUUUUUUUUUUUUUUCCCCGAUAAUAUUGUUAUUAUUACAAACAUUUGUUCGGAACGCCGGGCGUUUUUCGAAAAUUCGUUCAAUAACGGCGGGAUUUUUUUUGCGGGGGCGCGGGGCGGCCACGGGUGGAGGGGUAGGGGAAAGACCGUUGACCCCGCGGUCUACGUUAAAUUUCGGCGUAAAAAAAAAAAAACGGUCCUUUUUGUUUCAUCAUUGUCGUCGAAUCGGUGUGAAUAUUACACACUGUACAUUAAUAAUAAUAUAUACUUAUUAUUAUUUAUGUACCUGUAUAUAUAUAUAUAUAUAUAUAUAUAUAUAUAUAUAUAUAUGCGACUUCUGUUCGUUUUCUCUCCGUCCGUGUCGCUGUCUGUCGCCGUUUCUGCGUUUUAAACCGAACCGAACGAACGCCAACCGUCGCCGACGCGAACGCGGCGUGCGGGGGAGGAACCGCCACCGGCAGGUCCAUCGGCGGCGGGGCAGCAGCGUCGUCACGGAUGGAAGACCGAAAAAAUACAAGAAAAAAAAAAAAAAAAAAAAAUAGUACAACUGCAACAAAACACCGGGCGAAAGAUGAACUCGGUGUGCACCAUUACCGGGACGCGUUUACGUAUAUAUAUAUAUUUAUAUUGUUGUAUUAUACUGAAAUCGUCAACCGGACCGUGUCGUCACGACUGUCUCGCGUACCUGCGCAUAACGUGAGCGCGACGGCGACGGCGGAGGAACAAUAUGCGAGCGGUGCCCGCCGCGGAUAUUUCGCGAUAGGUCCGCGAAAUCCGCGAAAACCUCCCGGAGGUUUCCCAGCGGUCGCGGCGGGUUCGCGGGACGGCCGUCCGCCCGUCCGCGUGCCCGCCGGCUACCGCUACCGCCACUGAUGCCGGGCACCGCUACCUGUGUUAGUGGCGCUGUAUACGCGGUAGCGCCGUCUCGGCCCCGGAGUUUGUGCUUCGGCUGCGCGGCGGGCGGGUGGUUCGUUGCACCUUUGGCCAGGGUCAAUUAACCUUAUAUAUCUACAAUAUUAUUAUUAUUGUGUAUAUUAUAUAUAUAUAUAAAUAUAUAUGUGCCUUUCCUCGGGUAUUUAAUUUCCCACGCAAGACAGCUGUCGUCCGUCACCAUUUCUCAUCAUCUUCGAUAUUGUGUGUGUGUGUGUGUAUACCUAUAAAUGCGGCGUGCGCGCGCGUGUAUUAUAACCACGUUAUUUUUCUAUACAACGAAUCCGUACAAAAAACAACCGGCUAACAGCCGCUGUGGGGUAAAAUAAUAAUAAUAAUAAUAAUAAUAAAAAAAAGAAACAAAAGGAAGUCGACUUCGGUUUUUUUUUUCUCUUUUUUUUUUUUUUUGUUUCUAACCACUAUAUAUCCCCAACGUCUGCCGCCUCGCGAACCUAUACGUCACGUUCCCCCGGCCCCGGGUCGCCGCCGUCGUUGACACAUCUCUCCUGUGAUCCUUAAGUACAUUAUUAUUUGUUGUUGUUGUUUCGCGCCGCCCCGCUACCCUCCUCCCGGCCCGGAUAUCGGUACAAAUAAUAAUAAUUAUUGUUAUUAUUAUUGUUUUAACGGCGGCAACAGAGAGCCGCAGCAAUACAGUAGUAGAGCCGGUCGAGGGAACGCCGUCGUCGCCGCCGUCGCCGCUUUAUGCGACACAUCGCGGACGCGUGCACGUUACAGAGAUCGUAAAAAAGAAAUCAAACGACGCGAUUGCUUUGUGCACCGCGAAGACGUUUUACGCUAUCAUUAUUAGGGCCCCCGGAUUUAGAUGCCCCUAAGAAAAAAAAAAAAUGACACGAAAAUGCUUUAAGCUGCUCUAAAACUGGGACUGAAAAAAAUACUUAAAUAGUUUCAUUUUCGUUGUCGUUAUAGUUUGUUCGGAGAGUCUAAAAACAUUCAUCGGGAAUCAUAAAUAGAAUGGUUGACGGAAUCCGCAUCGACGAAGAAUAAAACAUACCGUAAUUAAAGACGUAUUCGAGCGAAUUUCACGAAAACAACAUAUUAUGUUUCUCGAGAUAACAUUUCGCGUUAUCUAAAUGUGAAUAUACUAUUGAUUCGUGUAAAGCGUAUAAACACCUGCGAUCGUAACUAACAAAAAGCAAAAUAAAAGUUUCACUUUUGAAGUGUCAGCGGAAUCGUGCCACUCCCUCAUAGAUUAUUCCCCCUAAAACGAAAGAAAAAAAAAAAAAAACAUUAUGGGAUGACUUAUUAGGACGGAGUUAACCGCCUAGGGCCGCUCGUUAUUAUCGUGUCCGUAAACGGUGCAAUCAUUUUUGUAAUUUGAUAAGCCAUAUGGUUAUUGCGUUGAAUUCGUAUUAAUUUACCGGGUGAUGUUAACUAUUAGAAAAAAACACGGAUAGCGUUGUAGUAGUGGUGACGGGAAAAUUUUUUACCCGUUUUUAAAAUAUCAAUACUAAUUUUCCGGUCCCUCACGAGGAGUUUUCAGCGUAAUACACCUCGCGUAUCGGUAAACUCGUAUUCGCGUAUUCGCGCGGUUGGUUUUGUUUUUUGUUUUUGUCUUCGAAAACCGACGUACACGUAGAUUCAAUCGGAUAUCGACGGGAAAAAGUUCUCGGGCGAGCUUCGAAAAGAAAAAAUAAUAAAUACACGUUCUUAAAAAGUUCUCGCGAAGUUCUCCGUUCCGCCGUCGAAUAUUUUUUACGACGCAUGUACGAUAUUGUUGUUACGAUCGGCGUCGUCGUCGUCGCCGUCCGCAAUAGACCCGUAGUGACCCGAUUGUAAUCACGUGCCUGUCCGUCUGCGCCGGUACGCACGCACACACACGCACACACGCACGUUGGCGCACGCCGCCGCCGUACGCAAUGCCGUCGGCACAAAACGGGAGGGCGAACCGGAACGCUCGCGAAUUUCAUGCCGGAUUCCAUGUCGCGCUCAUAACCCAUAUUACGAUGGAAAAAAAAAAAACAACAUAAAUAAUAAAUAAUAAUAAUAAAACACGCGUGUCGCGUUGUGUAUUGUCGCCGACCCAGAAAAUCCGUGAAAAUCACGCGACCCGUUGUGCGCGUAUUGUGCUGUCGUAAUAACGAUAAUUACUGUCAUUGUGCGCGCGUCGGGUGUUUAUGGUACACUCGUGUCGGGUUUUCGCGUACGCCCCGCGAAACGAAAAUAACAAUUCGAACAAACAGUAGCCGUCGGCCGGCGCGUCGGCGGCGGGCGGGUAAAAGCCGCCGCGCCGGAGUGCCGGAAAAACGCGUACCGACAACGGCGCGCGUACGCUGCACCGGCGGUCGGGACGCGCGCCGCGCGGUCGUCGUUGCCGCGGCGGCGUACUCGAUGAUAAUUUAAUAUUGUAAUAUUACGAAAAUAUUACUUGCUUGUGCCCGCGUACAAAUCCCGCGAUAAUCAUUUACGAGCGUGACGUGUCCGAUAGAAAAAAAAAAUAUGUAUAAAAAAACCCGAUGUUUAAUAUUAUUAUAUUGUAUACUUUCACUGACAAUGAGCGCGGAAAGGAAGUGUGGUGUAAUCCAACGCGACCGCGGCGGCGCGGCGGGCACCUCAAUUAUCUUCACUCGGUUAAUUCGACGUACCUUUUAAAAACAUCGCCGGCGGCCGUCGCCGCCGCCGCCGCCGUACCGCUAGCGUGUCGCUUUUCCCGCCGCCGCCGCGCUUCUUUUCCGUUAAAGAAAUCUGCACCGCGCCGCCACGUACAUUUUAUACUGACCGCGACCUCUGGAGGCCUAUUCGAUUCUGUUAACGGGUCGUAGAUUUGGUUCCCAAACGGUUUUCGCGUAUAGCCGUACGCGAAACAAUUACACGUUUAGUUUUUUUCUAAACGCCGUUUAUUUUAUUGUAUUAAAACACGAUAGUGCGUAUUUACAAAUUGAGAUUUUACUAGGUAUUAUUAAGAUAAUAUAAGAGUUACUAAACAUCCGAAGUUACUUUACGUAGGUGGCGUGAUCAGAAAUUCGUUCUCGGUGUUGAUAGUGUAAUUUCUAAAAUAGCGUUCCUCGGCGCCCGCUAAAAGAAGUCGGGGUGGGAGGAAGUUGGGUGUUUGUAAUAAUUACAAAAAUAAACGACAUUUUUAGCUCCGAAAAAUGUUCACUGUUUAAAUUCAAUAAGCCGCUUGUAUCCGAACCAAGCGUGGGAAAACGUUUAAAUUUGUUUUGGAAAACAAAAAUAAAAAAAUAAUGAAUGAUAUUCGACUAUAUAUUUUCUUUGAAUUUCAAUGACAUUUGAACGCUAAUCACAAAUUAUACAAGUACAAUAAGUUUUAAAUUUUAAAUUGAAACUAUUCGGGACGUUGAAAAAAAACGUUUCGGGCGGUUAUCGUAUAUCUAUAGAUACAUCAAUGUCGUAGUUUAACAGCGGAGGUAUAGUUAUUUUUUUUUUUAAAAAAAAAAAAACACCGCCCCCGUGCGGAAAUUAAAAUUACAGCUGCUUAUUAACAAAACAAAGGGUUUGACGUGUGCGGAUCCACACCCCGUAUUUCCCCUACCCGUAAUUACGCCAGUGCUUUACGUAACAUUUACACGUACACCACUUUUAAUUGUCAUGAUUGUCCAAUCACACCCGGACGGGGGUUUCCGUCGCAUAACACGACGCGAUCGCCUCCUAUCAUACAAAACGGUAUGAUAACCGCGCGUCGGGUCCGGUCGAAAGCUGGGGGGUCGGAAGUGCGGUCGAACCCUACCCGCGGGAAUUGUUUGUUUAUUUUUCUGGUUUUUUUUUUUUUUUGUAUUGUCUCGAUAACACGACGAUAAUUGUCGUAGUAACGUGCGGGAGAGAAUUUAUUAACGCGGCGGUUUUCGUUGUCGUUUCUUGUUGCAGGUCGAAGACGCACGGCCGAAUCCGAUGAAUCAGUGAGGCGGCAAGGAGGCGGCGGCGGCGGCGGCGGCAGGUCGUCACAAAGCCUGCAUCGCGCCGCCACGUUCACCAUGUUUAAUUUCCUCCUGCUAGUCUCCGUAUGUCUCUCGUCAACCACACGUAAGUAAACUCUACGUGUACACGUGUACAAUACACGCGCGCGUUUUAUUAUUAUCAUUAUUAUUAUUAUUACUAUUAUUAUUAUUAUUAUUAUUAUUGUCGUUAUUAAUGUUAUAAUGUUUGCGCCGUGUUCGAUACGCCCGCGUCGUUAUUAUAAUAAUACCGGGGGUCGUCACUUGUACAAUAAUAUUAUGCCGCCGCCGCGUAUCCGCGUCGUCUGCACGUGGACCACUCGCGCAUCGUCGUGUACCCGCGGCGGUUUUCGACACCGCGCCGCGUCGCGUGUGUACGGUGUACGCGCUCGUACAACACGUAAACGCGAAGAAUCGGGUGUCGCGUCGUAUAUAAAUAUAAUUAUAAAAAAAAAAAAAAAAAAAUCAAAAAUAAUCCGUUGGGUUACGCGACGAGCAGUUGCGGUAGUGCGGCGGUAAAGAAAUUAUAGACGGCGGCGGCGGCGUCACCGUGCGUGUGCGCGUACGCGACGACGAUGUGGGCUAAAGUUGGCGGCCGCGUGGGCUAGACGCGGCGGCGUUCGCGACCGAGAGGGCCGGGCACUAGACGUCGCGGUAUGUUGACACGCUGCCAGAGUGCCGGCGUCUGGGCAUAUUUCCGGUCGGCGACGGAACGGAGCCGCCAGCCGUCGUCGAGACUCGAGACCCUGAAAAACUCGCGCGAUCUCCGGGCUCUCCGCGCUCGUCGCCCGUGCGACGCGGCACGGCUCCGCGUGCGCGCGCCCGCGUCUAUCGCCGUUUUUAUAUAUCUGUCCGUUUAAAUUCUGGUCGUUUUUUUUCUUUUUUUUUUUUUCCUUCACCCGUCUCUCGAAAAUCACCACGCGUACAACAUUAUACGGUUUUUGUUUCAACGGGUGUGUAUACAACAAUACGUAUAACACGUAUUAUAUUAUUACUGUAUAACGACUUACGGCGACGACGACGACGACGACGGGGCGACGCCACCCCUCGGACCGAGGCGCGCGGGCGUGUAUUAAUCGAAAUCGGAUUAUUAAUUGCCCAUCUCGGAGGUGACACACGGUCAUCCUUAUAACGUGCGUACCCGUAAACAUAGAGAUAGAUAGAGAGAGAGUGAGAGAGACAGACAGACAGACAGACAAACGUGGUGUUGUACUCGGGUGGCGUAUAGGUGGUCUUGACGGCGGCGCUAAUAAAGAUUCAUCGGGUUCCCCGUGCGCGCGCACAUCGUAAUAAUCUAUACCUAUACGCACAAUAACAAUAAUACGAGAUUAUCUCUGAACGCGCGCGCGUAUACGGCGUCAUUAGCGGUCUGGACGAGAUACCGAUCUGUAAUAAUAUCACGUGGCCGGGGCAGCUCUCUCUAUACACACACACACACACACACACACGAAAAUCCUCCGUCCGUCGCGUAUACACACACACACAUAUAUAUAUGUAUACACGCCUAUGUACAAUAAUGAUAAUAUUAUUAUUAUUAUUAUUAUUAUUAUAUAUCCGUUAUAUAGGUACCUGCGAGUGAGUUAUAAUAAAGGUGUAUGGUAGGUUCGAACGGUUUUAUUUUUAUUGCUUCGCCGAUAAAUCCCCGGAUCCCCGACCGCCACCGCCGCCGCCGAGGCAUCAAAAGGCCCAUUAUCUCCGGGCCCUUGAUGCCCAAUAAUAAGCGCGGUCCGACCCCGCGCCACCAACGACGACGACGACCGCGGCAGCAGCAGCAGCAGCAGCCGGGGCGGACAAAUCGAUCCAACGCGCGCGAGUUUUGAUUGAUUUGCUCCCGUGCGUGUGCGAGCGCGCGCGCGCGCGCGGUAAGCCAUCGCGUAUGGGCACUUAUAAAAUACGAGGGGUUGGUGGCGUACACACAAUGUAUAAUGCGCGUUCAACCCUUUAUGUUAUUAUUAUAAACCGAUAUAACAAUAUUAAUAAUAAUAUUAUAGGCGUCGGUCGGGCGGCUGCGGCGGCCGGCGGUCGAGUUUCCCAUAUUUGGUGGAGCGCGCGCGCCCGUGGAACAGCGACACGGAGUCGCGCAUAACAUUACCGUCGGGUGUUAUCGAGCACCGCGGAGACCCGUCUCGCCAACGCGCGCGUUCGUCCUACGUCCGCGGUGCGCCUACUCGACCGUACUCUCCAUUACUCCCCCCCCCAUCACCGUGCGUGUGCGUGUACGACACAGGCGCCACCGCGCAGAGCACGGGAGCAGCGCAUAUUUGUGCCGGCGCGCGCGUGUCCUCCGUGUGGGUACCUACUCGUUUUUCGAGAGAGAGGAAGAAAAAAAAAAAAUCAAAAAUCGUAUCCGACAACAACUCCGCCGUGUUCCCGAAAGAAUGUCGAAAGUGACGGUCUCUAAUCGGUUGCAAAAGAAUUAACGUAAUAUCGUAAACGGACGGACCGUGUGCAAUUUGUAUUGUGCGUCGGGAAGCGACAGAGAAAACGGGAGGCCUGUUUCGUGUACACAACAUUACGCUCGAGCGUAUUGUAAAGAAAAGAAGAGGAAGAAGGAAAAAAAAAAACUGUUUACCCGUGUCAAACGUUUAAAGGAAUUACCUAGCGACGAGGGGUAUGUUGUGGCGUGCGGGUAUUUAACCUUUGGGGUCCGAAUGUUAUGUAUGUAUAAUAUGUUGCAGCAGCGGGUUUUGUAAAUAAUACGUGCGAUUUGCUUUUUAUUCGACCGUGGGUUUUUCGUAGAGGAAAAAAAAAGAAGAAAAAAAGUAAAAAGAAAUCCCGAUGCGAAAACCGCAGCAGGUACACACAUAUCGGUUUUUAAUGAAAACCGCCUAAUGUCGAUUCAAAAAAAAAUAAUAAAAACGUAUAAUAAUAUAAAGAGAUACUUAAAACGAUCCAGAUAAUAUAAUAUAAUAUUAUACACGACCGUCGUCGUCGCGUAACAAUAAACGUGAAAUAUCUUUUGUACGGUUUUUUUUCCCCUCGAUCUUUGCAUUAUUGUCGCGGGUAGUACGUGUUCGCUGGUCACUUUUUAAUCUUAUAAACUGUUAAUAAUAUAACAACAAAGGCCCCCGAAAGCGACGGAGGAAUUCGUGAAAUCGACCGACUACCGGUUUUCGGUGUGCGUAUGUAAACGUUCGAAUAAUAACACACAAUUUAGGUUUAAAAACCUUUUUAUUUUAUUAUUAUUUUUUUUUUAAUCGAACGUUUUAAGUUUAUUUUCGUAAUAAAACGAUUUUUUGUCGUGGGCCGUGUAACGCAACGCGCGCGCACACGGGCACACUGCACGUUCGUAUAUUUUUUUUUUCUUAAAAAAAGUCGAUAUUCCUCAUGGUCAUCGCAGCUGUUUUCUGUAGGUGGGUGGUGGUUGGAAAGGUAAGAUGUACAAGCCAAUUUGAUUAUAGUUUUAUAUACUGUGCGGUCAAUGAUAAUUAAUCGUCGCCGGCGAAAAAAACCAUUCUGAACGGAGAUGUAGUAUAUUAUGUGUCGUGUUUGUUUUUUUUUAUCGUCUCGUUGCCAGGGCAAUCCGAAAAUCAACGAAAUCAAACGACAAAAAAAAAAAAUAAAAAUAAAAAUAGACCCUAGGGGUACACCCGCUGUUUACGAGGCAUUUCAGUUACGUUUCAAAUAUUUCUCGUCAUUUUAUACGAACGGAUUUUCCACCGUAACGAACACAAUACAUCGGAAUCAUCGACGGGAAGGAAGGCUUGAGGUUGGAGUAUCGACGCAUCAGACGAAUGAAUGUGGCGUUUCCUGAAAAGUCGAAAAUGAAAUUAGAUUAGACAACAUUAUAGAACGUCCGCCGUAAGUUGUGCAUUGUGCCACGAUAAGUCAGCAAUUAUGUAUUCGCGGCGGUACAAUAUUUUUAUAAAUUAAAUGCGCGUUAGUUUAUAAUUCGAGAUUUUCGAGCGGAUGGUCCACCUUACAUGAUUUCCGCAGUUGAGGUUUGUUACGAUAACGGGCUGACGUGGCACGACAACAUGUGUUGGGAGGAAAGCGCACGGCGCCCAUAAAGUUCCGGCUGGGGGGUACGGGGGGGGGGGAAAUUUCCCGUUUCCCCCGAGGCGUUAAUGCGUUUUUGAAAAACCGACCGUUUGUUCUAGUCGUCGUCGGUUAGUGCUCGGAACCAAUUUAAAAACGAAAAAAACCAACGGCAGCAGUAAGUCGAACGGUCGCGGCGGAGUGUCAGAAACACGUUUGACGAGGCGUUUCGUCGGACGCGCUUGUUAACGAAACGCCGGGGAGCCGGCGCGGCGCGGUCGUUUAAAAAUAAAUCCAAUUGAAAUUUCGCCGCCGCGUCCGAUGACGCGCCGCCGCCGGGAACUUUUAAUCCUUUCGGGACGACGCGUUUCGCGUAAACACAUUUGUCGGUCGGCCGUUUUGUUAAACGGACCAAUAGGAUUACGCGCGGCUACGCACAAACGCGCGCGCCUAUAGUCUCUAAUAAUAAUAUAAUGCGCGAGCGUUGCAAAGCGGAUUAAACCGCGCGCGGGAAUCGGUAUUUUCGAGUGUCAUUGUCAACACAGCUGCCCGCCGCCGCCGCCGCCGAGAAAGGAUUCCCGAAAAAAAAAAAAAACAACCCCCGCGUCCGAAAAAUCCGCCGGCCCGUUGCGAAAACACGUUUCGACGUAUUUUCGCGUCCGCAAACCGCGAUAAACGACGGCGGCGUACCACCAUACGGUCAUCGCCGCCGCCGCCCCGGUAUCUUGAAUAAUAAAACGCUGUGGCGAGAGCUAGUCGGCCCGCCCGCGCUCGUUCUCACGGUCGAGAGGGUGACGGAGCGGCGGCGGUGACGGUAUAAACGGGCGUUAUUAAAUCGUCAUUACAAAAUACGCCGCCGCCGCCGCCUCUGUGUUAUGCCUCCGCGGCCGCUGUCACUCCGGUCGAAGAAAAUUAAUAAAAAAAUAACAUUCGACGACGACGACGCGACCUCCUCACCUCGCCGCCGCGCACUGUUGUUGUCGUGGUUGUUGUUGUUGUAUUGUCGUUGUCGUUGUAUAUAUAUAUAUAUAUAUAAUUUUGUAUAUACGAAAACCACGAUGCCGCCGGAUCCCAUCGCGCGCGCCGCCGCCGCCGCCGCGUCCUUGUGGCGCUAUAUAACAUCAUCAUUAACCACCAAAGCUGGUUGUAACCUGUCACACGCCACCGUCGCCGCCGUCACAGCGUUCCCACCGGCCGAUCGACACGGGGUUUUUCGGGACGCGACCGUAUGCAGGCCUUCGCGGGGCGGCGUCGGCGGGGCGAUUGGGGUGGGGGGUAGACGGGGCACGGGGGUCCGCGAGACCUCACACGGAACCGUAACCCGUUUGACCCCCCGAACGCGAUACACACCGACGACGACGCCGCCGCCGCUGCCGCCGCCGGCACGAUCGUAAGGUACGGUACGGUUAUUGUUAUUGUACCGCGUAUACCACACGGCGCGGCAGCCGACGUCGGUCAACGAGCGCGCGCGGCUACAGUAUCGAUUAUUGUUUUUAUCCGGAGGAUAUCCCGACGUACACCUGUGUAUUAUCCAUGGUGUAUGUACGCAGCGUUGUUAGCGUUCCUUUUUUAAAAAAAGCAUUCGUUCCCGUUCCCCGUUCCUUAGAAUUACAAUAUUUACGUUCCCGUUUCUUUAAAAAAUAAUGGAAUUAAUUCACUCUCUUAUUCCUUUAAAUGAUAAUGGAAUUAAUUCCUCCAUUCGUCCGUUCAAAAAGGAAUCGAUUCCAGAAAAUAACACCCCUUUAGAACCGCGUUCCUUAACAACACUGCGUAUUUCGGAUUUCGAUGCGAAACGUAUUUUUAUUUUUUGAGCGAUUUAAGCCAACGCUUUGCUGGUAUAUAAUUCGAUCCGUCCAACAGACAUUUCAAAAGUGAAACUUUUAUUUCGCAUUCACACUCGCAAUUUUCGCCGUUUUCCACUUAUAGAAUGUUUUUAUUUAUUUCAUUGUAUUUUUAUAAGUUUACCGUGCAUAAUCAAUACGAUUAAUAAUCGUAUCCAUAAUUCAUGUACAGUUUGAAUUCAGCCGAUUCAAAACAUUAUUUUCAAUAAUUCUGUUUAGUGCAAUUCGCUUCAAUAUGUUUAAGAUAAUCUUCAUCCAAUACAGAUUGUUAAUGGUUCAUUUACGAUUUCCAUAACGUUCUUGGGUUGUAUUCAUUAAAGGCUUCGGUCGUCCGGGCUCGAAUAACGACUAUACAAAUAUGAGAAACUUUCAUUUCGUAUUAUUCGCGGUUUUUCGAAUUUUAGAUAAUUGUUUAGUGGUCAUAUUUCGUUUAAUGGCAUAUCAUUUCGGUAAAAGGCUUUCGGUUUAAGGAGUUUUCGGCUAUUUUCCGACAGUUUUCGGGGCAUUAAAAUCCGGGCCCGCGUUAUCAUAUACCGGUAUUUAACGUUGCGUACGUAUACGAGCGGUUUUGUUCCGGACCGGCGGAGAAUCAACUAAAUGUUGUACCGUACACUCGGUAGAAACUCGAAAUUUCGACCGGCGCGGGCGUCCGCCGGGGAAGGAUUUUCGAAAAUUCCGCCUCCCCCCUCCUCUAAAAGAGUAAAAUAUUCGAUGACGUUUUUGUGCGGAAACGCGCGGCCGUAACCGUGCGCGGCGGAUUGGUGUGCCGAAGAAGAAUCCGAUGAUCCGACGAUAAAACAAUGAAAAAAAGCCCGGGCCCGGACGGCGCGGCGGCGCUAUAACGCGCAGUACAACGAAACGUUAAAUAACAGCGACGAUAUUGUACCUGUAUAAAUACUGGGCGACGACGGGGAUAAUCGGUUUUAUUAUUAUUAUUUUUUUUUUUUCAUCGCGCACGACAGUCGCAGUGUGGGUUAUAAUAUAAUAAUAUCGUGCGUCGUGUGCGUACGUCUCGUUACCGAUGUAUAGUAAUAAUUGUGCGCUGCUGACAAAUCGAUUACGACGGCCAUAAAACGUUACGACCGUGUCAGCGACGCGCGGGUAUUCAUCCCGUUGUCGUCGGCGGUAUUAUUGUGAUUGUAUUAGUCGGUCCGUGAAAAAAAAAAAGAAAAGAAACGCGCAGCGCCGAAAAACUGCGAACCGCCGCCGCCUCCGGGCGGCGGGGGGGGGGGGGGGGGGGGGGGGGGGCGGUGGUGGUGGUGGGUGGAAGCGCACAUCACGAUCGCGGCGGACGCAACGUUACGGAAACGUUGCCGCGCGCGAUCGACGACCACGACGACGACGACGACGGGCCGUUGUGUCCGCGCGUUUUUAUCCGCGGUCGUCGCGUAACGUUUAUAAAAGGCCGACCACCGAAUCGUGAAAACAAUCCGUCGUCGUGGUCGUCGUUACGAGAUCGGCGUAGAUACGAGCCGCGUACGCCGCGAGCGUGCGUUUGUACCCGCGAUACCGCGCCCCUCGGCCGCAGUAAUCGAGUGCGGUAGUAUUACACCGUAGCAGUUAUUAGGUAUAUAUUAAGAGGAGGUAUAUUCGGGGAUUUUAUUAUUAUAUUAUUAUUAUUAUUAUUAUUAUUAUUGUGCGUCGGUCCGGUCCGUCACAAAAGGAAGAGAACGCGAGACGGCCGACGACCGUUCAAUCAAAAAAAAAAAAAAAACCGAAUACCGAAUAAUAUAAUAAAAUAAAAACCCGUGCGAACGCCCCGGCGCUCAAGUGGUGACCGCCGCCGCCGACCGUAAUAAGGAACGUCGUAUUAUUUUUAUUGUGUCUCCGCCCGUGUGUAAUGCGCGGCGGCGGCGGCGGGUGGGUAGCGCGUCGUGAGUAUUUUUAUUUAUUAUUAUUAUUUUUUUUUUUUUUUCCGUUCCUCUCUUUCCGCGCGGCGGUGGCCUUACGCCCGAGCUCCUCUCGGGCGGCGCGCGCGCGUAAUAAUAUUAUUAUUAUUAUUUAAUUAUUAUCGCCGUGGAAACCGUACGCGCGUAUUUUAUUUAUUACGCGGCCGGACGAGGAUUUCGAGGUCGUCGUCGUUUGUUGUGUAGGUUCGCGUCGCCGUCGUCGCCGUCGCCGUCGCACGAAAACGCCCGCGGACACAAAGAAAACGCCGAAAAAAAAAAACAACAAAAAAAAAAAACAAAACAACCGUACGGUCCUUCGCAGUCGUUAUCGCGCACAAUUACCACGAAUCGCGUCGUCUUUGGAAACGAUUUUUCCCGCGGUUUCGUUUUGCGGGCUUUUUUUGUUUCUUCUAAUUUUUUUUUUUUUUUUUUUCCCCGUCAAUUUUCCGUCAAUGUUAUUUCGUCAAAAUCACGAAACGUGUUCGCGGCGGAGUAUUCGGGGUUUUUUUUUCUUCUUCUUUUAUAGGCCCCGCGGCGCCGAAAACCGCGCGCGAAAAUGUCACGUCUCGGCGCUACGUAGAUAAUGGAAGAAAUGCUAAGUACGACCGGCGGGCUACUGUUGUAGACGAAAAGUCGGAAAGACAGGACGUGGAGGGGAAUUUAAUUUAUUAUCCGUGACCGUCGCUAACGAAACACGCGAUUACGUGUGCGUACAUUUUCCCGGUUUUCUUCUGGCUGAAAAGCUGCCCGUAGAAAAAAAAUAUACGCCACUGUAAAACCAACACGCCGAGAAACGUUUUGCCGAAAUGAAACCGCGGCUAGACGGGACGAGACGUAUUCUCGGGCAGCACGCGGCACUUCCGCUGAAGACGACACAUGCAUUUGUUGUUUCCGCCGUGCAAACACGCACGAUAUGGUCGAAACGUGCUUACGCAGAACUCGCUUAAAUUUGCUUUUAAUGUAAAAACACCUGUUGUAAAAUCAAAAAAAAAGGACAACAUUCCGGAUGGCGAGACGUUUUUUUUUCCAAUUUCCACGAACGUGACAGUGAUUUUACCUGUUUACAAAUAACGAUGUUUUCGGUGUUUUUUUUUUUUUAUUCGUUUAAACUUUUUAAAAAAAAUACAACUUUUCAAAAAAAAAAAAAAAAAAAAAAAAAACGUACCGUCUCGACCUGCGGAAUAUUGUUCUCUGUUAAUGCCGUAAUGGGCGCUUGCACUGUAAAAUCGAAACUGAGGCGAGUUGUGCGUAAACGUGUUUUUACUGUGUAUCCCGCAGUGUUUCGUAAGACGGAAACAUCGAAAUAUGCACGUGUAACGUCCUCUACGUUUUUAACGUCCUCUUAAUAACCGCUGCCCGGCCGGCGCGCCGGUCGCGGGGCGAACGUUUUCGGGAGAGCGAAAUGUCAUUUCCAAAGCGUGUUGCUGCGGCACACGUGGCGGAUAUCCAGAGCAACCCAGUGUACCCGUUAUUAUUGCGCAGCUGCUGUUGCGUUGUGGAAACGCGUCGUUUGUUUUUCUCUGUCGCGUGCGUAUUAAGCGAUUAUUGUUGGCGAACACCGCUGGCGAGUGGACGACCCGAUGACGGAAAUUAUUGUCAGUCCGAUCGAAUUGUAUACGCGAACGGACGACGGGCCUUCGGACGGACCGUAGUAUAAUAAACCGUGUUACCGGUCGAGAGGCGGAUCUAGAGCUCAAUUUUUUUUUUGUUUUUUUUUGAGGGGAGGUGAAUGGUCGAACGCGCGAUUAUAACGCUAAAAACAGUAAACCGUAAGACCUCGUGAACCGAAAUACACUGCUCCAAUACUGUGUUUGGGGGGACGAGGGAGGGGGGGAUCGGGGUAAAUGAUCCCGCUGCCCGCUCUUUUUAUUCGGAUCGGCCGCCGUCCAGCGAAAGGUUUAAACGCGCGUCGAUUUGAUUCGGUUACAAAAAUCGACGUUAAAAGUAUUCAACAUCCGGUAAUUUAUUAUACCAUCGUAUUUUGUAUGAAAAUAAACGAAAUCAAACGAUCGCAGUAACGCGUAAAUCCCAACACCGACAACGGCAGCUGAUGUUAUUAUAACUUGACAACUGGACCUUUAUGAAAAUUAACUGUGUACAGAGUUAAUAGGUCAUACGACGAAAACUAAUUGGGUAGACGAUAAAAACGAUUGAUCGGUCAAAAGUUAAAGAAAAUUUACUUUUCAACUCGGGUGUGGGUUGGAAGGGCGGACGUAUAGAGUAAUUCGAUUUGUGUGCGUACGUGACGAGAUAAAUGAUUGUUAUCGAAAAACAAGUUCUGGGCAGGGAGUAUUGUCAAUUGUUUCCCUUUGCAAGGGAGUCCUUGCGGUAACCGGGGAGUCCAGGAAAAAUGAUUUAAAAAAACCGUUAGUUUUUUCCCGUUUAUUCUGAAAAGCUUCACAAAGGCGGAUCGAAAAGUCCACAGCGCUCCGAACGCGGACAAACGCGCAGAACGCGCGGCGGUAAAAAAAAAAACCAAUGCGUUCCGCGCUUCGGCAAUACGAACGAAUUUUUAUCUCGGCCGAUUUUUCGAUUGUAAAACCGCGUUUUUUAUUUUUAUUAUAAUUUUUUUUUUUGUUUGUCGGUAACUUACCGCGACGCACGUUGCGUAUAUCGCGCGCUCUCGUUGUCGUUGGACAAUAACAAUCGAUGGAAGACCCUUGGCGCUCGUGUAAUUGGAAUUUAAUACGCGACUCCGUAUUAUAUUCGUGCGCGCCGAUUUCCCCGCACGAAUAUUAUCGAUUUUAUAUCGAUUACACCGCGCGCGUACACCACUGGUGCAGUGCGACUCUUGUUUCGCGGUCGGGUGCGAUUUCUAUGCGCAUAUAUACGCGUACUAUCGUUUUUCCCGAAACGUAUCUACUGGCGCGUUUAAAGCUGUGUCCACACGCUAUAGCGUGUAAAAAUCCAGUUUUUUUUUUCUCGUUUUGAACGUGUUUUUCGCUACGAGAUACAAAUCGAACAAAUAGUAACAGGAAUGGUUUAUUUUCAUUUAUAUUUCAAAAACGAAUCGGAAUUGUACGGAUCGUUCACUCGUAAUCAGUGAAUUCGGUUUAGUUCUCGAACGAUUAACAAAACGUUUCAAACGUUUAUGUCUGAAGGCACUUUGCGAUCUCGGUAACGCGCACGCUGCACGCAUAUGAAACGACAAAACGAAAAAACGUAUUCUCCGGCUGCAGAGUGCGCGGUUAACACGUUUGUAUUCAUAUAGCUGCUGCUGCUGCUGCUGCCGCUUGGUAUUCACGUUUCCCUUAUUUGAAGGGUUCCGUACCUACAUAAUAUUUCUUACAAACCACUCAAACACGGCGUACCCGUCGGAAUUUUUAAAUUCCGAACGAUUCCGUUAAACUACUCGUUUCGGUGUCGACCGUCAAUUAGUACAACAAUAGUUGUUAUUGUUACACCCGAUAUUCACGGACCCGUCCGUACACGUUCGUAACGCGUUCGUGCACGACGUCAUUUGAACCGCCGACAAUCGGUCGGGGGAGGCCGACGAUUUGUUUGUCGUCACAAACGUGUAACCCAAACGCGUUGCACAGUUGCGUUUUACAUCGGAAAGAAAAUGGUUUUAGAAAAACAAACGGCGAGUGAGGGAUUCGCACUGUUUUGGCGACCGGAGUCGGCUCGCGGAAAUAGGAUCGGAAACAUAAAAAAUUCGUACGAUAAUAUUAUAAUGCAGUCGAGUGUCAACACGUCGAUUGAGUUCGGGGAGCUGCGAGCGCGGAACUCGGAAAACACGCGGGUCGAACGUAUUUUUCUCACCCUCGAGGUCCGAGACCCGGACUGCGUUACGGCGGAAACUGUACAGCCGAAGGUAUCCUCAAAAGAAAACUUUAACUGGCGGUAAUCGGGUGGGAGGGGAUGGGGGCGGCGGUCGUUUCGCGGAUUUUCGUCCUCGCGGGCAAAAAGGAAAAGAAAAGAUUUUCACGUCGGCGGCGGCGUGUGCGGGCGGUGCCGAAGCGUCAGAUUAACAACAAAUAAAAAUACGCGUCGUAUACGCGCCGCGCACCGUUUCCGGUAUCGUCGUCGAAGGCGGCUGCGGAGCGCACAGGAAGCGGCACGUUUGGUGGCCGCCGCCGUCGUAGCCCCAUGCAUGCCAACCUAACAUCACACGCGUGACCGAGUGCUUUACUAUAUUAUGUGCACGUGUGUGCGCGCGUGUGUGUACAUUACGAUAUUACGAUACGACGGCGUUCUCCUAUUAGAAAAAAAAAAAAAAACGUGCGCGCGCGUGUGUGUGAAUUACGUACCUAUACACAUACAACAGACGUGUUGAUUGUUCGCCGCGCGGACGUGUCCUCCGGAGGACAGGUUCGCGCGGCGGCGGCGGCGGCGGCGACGUUUCCUAUACACGUUAAUUUUAUACCGCCGCCGUCGUCUCCGGCAUUCGUUUUAUCAAUGAAAACCCGCAAAGUCUGCGCGCGUGUCUCGUGUGCAUCUCGGUGUCUGCGGCUCGGCGGUGAUGGGGUCGGGGGGAGGGCCCGCGGCCGUGUGAACGGCUAACGCGUGGAAAACGCGAAUCGCGUACGACGGCGUUGCCGCGCCCGACGUUAGAUUUUCGGAAAUGCGUUUUUUUUUUUUUUUUAAUCGAUUUCGGGUUUUCCCGCGCCAACAGUAGAAAACACGCAUUUUUUUUUUUCGGGAGGCAGGUAAACUAAAACUCAAAAACGAGAAACGUUCCACGCGUUUUCCGCAUUUUUUUGAGCGUUUUUCGGACGUUUUUGUGUAUCGACUCGGACAAUUCUGUGAACAUUAUCCCGGGAGAUGUUUCGCCGGUCGUGAAAUUCCCUUGAAUGCGGCGGGUCUCGGGCGUUUUUCGUCUAUUUAUUAUACAGAUUGUGUUGUCUUUAUCGACGGCCACGCGGCGCGUCAUCCCCGGCGCUCACUCAAAUUACGACAAACAAAAGCGAAACCCUUGCAUUUUCGUUUUGUUCCGCAUUUCGAUUCAAGAGUAUUAUUUCGCUUAAAGGUAUUUAUUUUUUUUCUAAAUUUCAGAGCGUUUUUUUCGACAGUUUUCAGAGCGAUUUAUAAUCCGAGGCCUAAUUAUUGUGCCGCAGGCGCACACCUUAAAUUAUACUAUAUUAUAGCGGAUCGCAUUCAUCGUCUCUCUCUCGCGCGCGCCGGGUUUUCGGGAGAACUUCUUCUUUGCACGCCCGUCGCCGCCGUCGUUCGCCGCAAUCCGACGGUCGCGAUCCCGCCGCCGCCGUUCCGCGAUGGUCACCGACCUCACGGUACACACUAUCGGCGUGCCAAUAACAACGGCAGCACCGCGUUUUCCAGCACGCGUAUAACAGUGCACGGUGUACAAUGGCGGCCGUACGGUAUACCCAUUACAACAGUGCCACACUGCUGUACUGUAGCCGCAACAGUACCGCCCCGAGCGACCGUAGACGUUGUAGCAGCGGCAGCAGAGCAGUACCGGCGGUACAGCGGCGACGGCGCCGUUUACGCGCGCGCGCGCGUGUAUUCAGAGCGCGAAAUAGUUUGGAUAGCUCACGCGAGCAGAACGCCUCUCUCAACAAUAUUGUUGUACAGCAGUACACCGUGGUAUAUAAUAUCGUGUACCGCGGGCUCGCCCCGGAAACGUCGCACGGACGUCUCGCAUUGGCGGCGGCGGCGGCGUCGGCGACGGUACGCGCCGCAGUCUGUCGUACGCGUAUCCGAUACGCGCCGCGUGCGUGUACCGCGGGUUACGUGCGCGUUGUACGAAAAAUGCGUCGGCGGCGCACGGACGACGACGGCGGCGCGCGUUGUGUAUCGCGAACGCGCCGAAAACCCGCCCGGAAGCCUUUCAUCGGCGGCGGCGGCGGCGGCGGCCGUCCGGCGUACGGUUUUCGCGCGCGAGAGGGAACGGGGCGGGGGGGCUGGAGCCCCGCGUGUAACGCAAGAACUCGCGUCGGUCGGGGUUACGACACUCGCGUUCUCCGGGGGCCCCCCCCCGUUCGCAAUAGCGUCGGUGUCGGUGUCGCAACAUCAAAUCCUGCGCGCGACUCCGCGAAAACAAUGCGAGUAUUAUAUUCGCGCGUCGUCUCCCGUUCCCGAAAUUCGCGAAAACCGAUGGACCGGGGCCGUACUUUUCGAGGCCGCGACCCGACAACCGAAAUUUCGAGCGGGACCCUUUUUAUUACGACCGUACACUUGCCGACUCGUCGACGCUUUGCCGUUGCAAGUGAUAAUAGUGCGCCUAUUUAAAUAACAGUAAUGGUAGCAAUAGUGGUUUUCUUGUCCGCGACAUCCGCAUCGUCGUCGUCGUCCGUCACGUCACCUGCAAUGUUACCCGCGCGUAAACAACUAGCGAUAUUCGUGCCGGAAAUACCAAUGAAAACUUAACCAUCGCGAUUCUCGCAUGGGGACCUCUUGUUCUUGUUCGAAAACAGAAUAACCGCGCUGAUAUCGAGCGUAUCGUUUCACGGGCGAAAACGGUUCAAAAGUCGGUCGUGUAGUUCUCGAGCUUAUCCGUCGCAGACACACGAAUCGGUUCUCUUUGCAAUAACAAUUACAAUCAGCAGCGCCUGUAGAUCGCUAGCUAUUUAAACGUGUUUGACGACCUUAAGGGAAAUCGAUUGUUUUAGAGACGAUCGAUCGGACGGACGGGUCGUUUAUAAUAAAACGAUCGUUCGACGACGACGAUUACGACGGGGCCCGGUAUACGAGCGAUUACCGUUUUACCGGAGUUGAAUAUUAAUGUCGUUAAACGCGCGACGUGACAGCGAUUAAUUAUUACGGCAAUUACGGGGAGAAAAUAAAAAAAAAUUAAAUAUUAAUUACAGUUUUUUCCCCCUCGUUCUAAAUUACCGCCGUGACGCGAAAAUUAAUUUAUCGAUAAUAUUGCGUCGACUUCGGCGAAAGAAACGGGCGCGAGACCGCACUUAAAGCGGCUCAUUUUCGCACCGUCGGUACAUUGAUAACGCGCGCACGUUUUUUUACAACGCUCUUUCCCCUCCCCGUCCCUCUUUCCCCCAUUUUUUUUCCGUGUCCGGAAAUCUCGCUUCCGAUCGCUAAACGACCGGAGACGUUUCCUCGUCUCGUUUCCGACGUGGUCGACGGCGGGCGUUCGGGAAACGCGUGGUUCUCCGAUUUUCCGAACGGUUUCUGCGUAACGCUCGAGGGGGAGGGGCUGUAACGGAAAAACGCGCGCGUUUUCCGUGUGUUGAUCGUACAGAGAGUCGAGCUCGAGAGUUUGACUCCGGUUGAAAAUCAUAAUAAAAAGUACGAGUUUUUUCUCGGUAAGCACUUUUUUUUUCUACUUCGGUCGAAAAACAGUUUUUCGCUACGGACAUAAAAGCUCGGACAGCCGACGCCGUAUAACAGAAAAAACUUUCCUUCUCCCCACUUUUCACCAAUACCCGAGCGCGUGAAACUUUUGUCGGUUUUUUAUCGAAUUAUAAUAAUAAUAAUAAUACUUUGCUCCGAAAUACAAUAGUGUCGCGGUGCUAUAACAGUACGAAACUUCUCGAAUCGCUCGUUAUACGUGUUUUUCGCGAUGUUUUUUUCGGUUUUUUUUUCGUCGUUCUUUUAUUUCUUUAUCCCAGUCGGUACAACUAUAUAAUGUACGUAAUACGGUUGACGGCGUGCCAAAAACGUCGACAUUUUAUCGCGUCGGAUCGGAACCGACUGAAAUAUCGUCGAUGAAAAUCCGCAUCCCCUGCGGCGCGGCGGUACCGCGAUGACGCGACUUCUCUCGUUAUACCGAAUCACCGCGCUCCGUUCGAGACGAAAUAAAAUGUCGUCGGACGGCCGUAAAUCAUAUAGAAACCGGUCGUAUAUUAUUUUUCCCGUCGAAAGUAUAGCGUAGUAAUAACACGCGAUAAAUCGUUUUUUCCGUUAGUUUCUCCUCGGCGCUGAGUUUCUCGUCCGUUUUCGCCGGGGCGUACAGGACGAUCGUCUAUUAGGCGAACGCCGCCGGUCAUCUAAUCGGUCCAAAGGAUUACGUACGUUUUUCCGGAACACGACACGUCAUUUUUCGGUAUCCCGUAAAUGCACACGGACGCGAUUUUAUUGUUUCCGACGCGCUCUUUUCGGGCGCCGGUCGAUUUCCGGCGGGCGCGUCUCGUAGCGGUUCGAUAUAACGCACAUAGAAAUCGAUAGGUAACAAUAUUAAUAAUGAUAGUAUAGCGACGACGGACAAAACGUUUUUGGAUAUUAAACGUCGGUUAAUCGGUUAUAGGUUUUCGAAGAGUCGCGCGCAUAAUAUUUCUAAUGCGAUAAUAAUUAUUGUAUUAUUACUCGCGUAUGUUACUGAUAACGGUAAAUUUUCUCGUUAAACACCGCCAUUGGCCGCGGCAUCAACGUCCGAUUUCGUACACUGUGGCCCAUACUGUAAUGUAACGUAAUUGCUCUAUACAGACGUUUAACCGACGGCAAAAUAUUCUAACAAUCGGAUGCCGUCCCGUCCUCGUUUGCAGUCUUCUUCUCUGCGCGCGCGGUGUCCGUCCCUGAACUGCGCAUGAUAACGCGCAUCGACGACGUAAGCCGCCGCGUCCGGUUUGAACGUCGGUUGUUGGCGUACAAGAAAGUCCUCGAUUGUCCUCGACGUCUUCUCGGUAAUCCGGGAUGACGGGAAUCUCGUCCCGGUGAAAAAUUAAGAUCUUUACGGGCGUUGCCGCGUUUUAGACCCGAUCGGUGCCGCACCGAACGGGUUAUCUCGCGGUUUUCUCAACGGUUUUCCCACCGGUUUCGUAUCGUUGCCGUCCGUUUGAAACCAUUACCGCAGAGGCCUGGAAUUUUCACCGAACGCCUAGGCGCGGCGAAAUUAUCCAAACAACCCGACGCUUUUCGAGCCAACGGUCGUGCAAGUUUUCUGUUUAUUCGUCCGAACGGUCCGAAUCCCGUCGAAAAUCGCGAAAAUAACGCGGGCAUUUCAAAGCGCAUUGGGACUCUGUUCGUAUUUCGUCGGCGACAUCGACAUACAUCAGCCCGCCUACGGCGGCACACCUAUCCGCUCUGUUUCGAUCCGUUUGUCUUGUAAAAAUGACGUCGAAUCGCACACACUAGACAAUUACAUUCACGGUGCGAAUAAUUCGCGUCGGAAUGUCGCGCGGAAACGACGAUUUCACCGUCCUCGGCGCCGUGCCGCGCCGCGCUCGCCGAAUGCCCGACAAUUGAAGGACCCGAGUUGUUGCCGCAAGCAAAUCUCCUCACCUUUCCCCCGUUCCCAAUGCUGUGGUUCGACAGACGCUUUGACAUGUACCCGCGGGCGCAACCAGACCACCGGACUCUGGGGGUGCUGAAAUUGCGAACCCACGACCCGUGGGGGGCUAUGUCCUCCCCUCGCCACAAUCCCCUUUACACGGCUCUCACAAUAGCCGACUACACCUUUCAUUUGCGAUUUUGCAUGUACGCAUUUGUCGCGACUGUUUUAACGUUAUUUUUCAUGCACACAAGCGCAUUGGUCCGUAGGAAACCUAUGUACUAUUAAGUUCCGUUAAUUUUAUAUUUAUGAAAUUCGCGGAUAGAAUAUUUAGUCGUUACUAUUCGAGCCAAACACCCCCUAGCAACCCAUCCCCCCCCCGUCUUGUUCGCGCGGACGUUUCUUCUGUAUUGCUGCCUUUUUUUUUUUUUUUUUUGUUAAAUACGCAUCAUCCUCGGCUCUCCGGAUGCGCUCGGGCUCGUUGGAAACCGUCAUUUUUUCGACGCCCGACAACAUUGUACGGACUAUAAACAGUAUCCAGGUAUAAAACGGGCGUAACACACGCGUUUACGCCGUCUAAUUAUUCGCUCCGGGACGGUCCGGGGCCGCACCGUUCUCGUGUCAACACGCGCCGGCGCGGUUAUAAAUCGCCGUCGCAUACGACAAUACCGUGCGUUGUAACAACGACGAAAAGCGACAUCGGCCGAUACGGACGGCCCGUGCAGUAGUCCGCCGUGGACUGCGCCGGGACGCGGCGGGCGAGCACGACAAUCGGAAUUAAAAGAGAAAAAAAAAAAGCGGCGGCGGCGUAUAAUAAUAUUAUAAUGAACGGUGUCCCGUCGCCCCGGUAGUGUCGGCGUGUACGCCGUCGUAUCCCGGGUAAUAAAUAUCACCUGGGCCCCGUUUUUUUUUUUUUCGUCCACUCUCUUCUUUUCGGCGGCCUUUAUAUGCGGCGGGGUACGUUGCCGCAGCGGCAGCGGCGGCAAUGCGCGCGUGUAUAAUAACGUGAAUAAUAAUAAUAUAAUAAUAAUAUUCGGGCGACACGCGGAGCGUUUGAAACGCCGCCGCCGACGGUCAUGUCACGAUAAUGUACACGCGGACGCGCGCACGCACACGCGCGCGUACAAUGCCCCCGUCUCGUCGCCACCGAAGAAGAGCGGGCCGCGGCGGGCGACGGCAGGGGAGUGUCGUUGUGCGCCGCCGGCGACGACGACGACGACGACGAGAAGGAAUCGAGAUUAUAUUUUUAUUAUUAUACCGCGGUAUACCGUAUCCGUACCGCGCCGUGUGCGUGUGACGCGCGUGCAUUGCGGCGGGUGCACACGCGUCAAAAAAACUCGAGAGAGGAAAUCCUGUCCCGUUUAAACAAUGCGUGCGGGACGCAAACACCGCCGGAUAGCACCGGCUAGUGCGCCGCGUUAUCACCUGCGCCCGGCACCCCUCCCCCGCCCCCCGGCGACGCAUUUCGGGGGUUCGGCGCGGUCUCCGGGACAUUACCGCGAUACGAAACGACAAUUUAUUGUGUACCCCGCCGGCGGCCCGGCACCGUCGUCGCACGUGUGACGCAGAAAGUCGAGAGGAGAUAAUAUUGUUAACGGUACGAGCGUCCACGUCGCGCUCGAUUAAAACGCCGCCACCGCCGCCGACAGACACGUCGUGAUAGUGUCAUACUCGUAUUUUUAUCGCGGCCACUGAUCGAUUUGAUCCUUGGGGGGACCCAAGCGCGCGUAUUAGAAUGUACUUACAAACUGGAGUUCGACCGUCACCGGGUUAGUCACUUUUCUCACUUGUCGCUUGUUCUCGUACGAUUUUAUAAAAAACAUAAUUAUCAUAUUGAUAUUUAUGAUGAAAUCUUGGUAUUUUGUAUUGUUAUAAUUUGCUAUGUGUUGAAAAAGAAAUUUAAUGUCUUACAUAGAUUGAACCUAAUACUACCAAAGACUGGCAUAUUAUUAAACAAUUGGUUUAGUUAUAAUUAAAAUUGUGUUAUCUAUCUUUAAAUUAUCACUAAAUUCUUUAACAAGUCUGGUUGUUGACCUAUCAUACUAUUAUACCAAUCCUAACCUACCAUAAUAUUAUAAUUGUUGUCUCCUACUAUUGAUGUUAAAUAAGUGUAUUUUUCGUUAGCGUUAGCCAUUUCGUUUGGUUUGGAAGUCACUGUUUAGUCGCUUUUACAGUCACUUUAGUCGCUUAAUUGUACAUUUUAGUCAAUUUUCUCACAAAUUUUCAAACCAUCGACCACUUCCAUCCCUGCUGUUAGUAAAUGACAGUUAUUGGUUAACCUUCAAACGAGCUGGUUUUCAGCAAUCUAAUAUUAUUUUAAUAUCCGAGUACUUAGAGUGAUGGGAAUAUAAGAGUUCAAAGUCGCCUUGCGUCGCAUUUAUAUUCGCGUUUUUAUUUGUUUGGACCCGAUCAUACUCGAUUGUUAAAUUGAAAAAAUGUUCCUUUAGGAAAGCUUUGAAAUACAGUAGUUACAAUCAUGUAUACCUGUUGGUCCGGGGACAACAACCGUACCCAUACCUUUAGUUACAGUAACAUGCUCAUUUUUAUUAACUGAUAAUCGGUUAUGGGUACAAAUUAGUUCGUUUCAAUUAAAAAACUCAAUUUAGUUCUGUUUACAAAAUUCAUAACUAAAACGUUCACAAACGCGUAUCGUAACUCGCUUGAAAAUCGAAAUAUCGAGAAAAAACCAAUGUACCAACACACAGAAUAUGGUCUUACGUUUAAGUUUUAAGUCGAUUCGUUCUGAUAUCAAUACCGACGGUGCACAAUUUGACAUCAUUUUGAACGUCAGCCGUAACUCGAAGGUGCCGGUUUUCCAAAUUUUCUCCAAUUUAGUGUAACAUUUAAAAUUUAUUUUUUAUGACCCCCGCCGCCUAAAAACAACAUUCUACAGACAUUCUAAUGCCUAAAAACAGACAUUCUACUUACGAUUUUUCAUUUGAUUUCAAACAGUCGACCGUUUUUAAAGAUUCGUGAAGUUUGUGGUUGUCGAAAAAUCGUUUUCAAUGCCUUGGUCUGUGGAUAAUACAUGGUGUUCGUCUUUCAGACGGAAAAUCGAAACGAGAGACGAAAAAGGGGGAAAAAAAUUAACCGAGAAAACGUCUAGGAACAAACGAGAAUAAAAACGUCUUUUCGGUGAACCGAGUUUUUGAUGCGUUAACUCGAUACGUAUUUAUACGGGCACCGAGAAAGUUUUAUAUUAUUUUUAUUAUUAUUAUUAUUAUUUGUCAUUGUACAGACAUCGCGCUUUACGAUGGUCGCUGUUUUAUUUUUGAAAGUUGUUUUUAUUGUGUGUGUUUUUUUUUUUCUAUUGCGUUAAAUUCACAACCCCAUCAUCAUAAUGAUAAUACGAGUAGUAUAAUAGAAACGCGGUCGGCGCGUAAUUUUUCGUCGCUGUCGUAUUUACAGCGCGUGCGUGCGUAUAAUGACGGAUCCGAUGUUUUAUGGAAUCGUAAAAAAAAAAAAAAAAACGAAAAACGAAAAACAACGAUAGUAAUAAUAAUAAAUAAUCGACGAUAUAACGACGAUUUUCACACGGUGCGUGCGUAGCGUGGGUUCUUUAUUAUAUUAUUAUUUUAGUUUUUUUUUUUUUUAUAUAUACGCGUAUACCUACGUGUAUAAUAAUAAUAAUAAUAAUAAUAAUUUCGGACGUCAACCGAUUAACGUUUAUGAUUAAUAGGAGAAGACGAGGGGAACAGAAAAAAAAAAAAAAAGCCGGCGAAAAGAGGCGGCUUGUUUGUACACAAACGCACGCGGACCCCCCGGCUCCCGGCGGUGACGGAGGUCCUCCUUAUUACCCGCCGCCGCCGCCACCGCCGCCGACGUCGAGUUGGUCAUUUCGAACGAAACUGUCCCGCGUCGUCGCCGCCGUCGCCGCCGCGAUACUCCCACUGUCCCCUGCGCCGCCGUCCUUUAUCCUUUAUUCCCGGCGCGCCGCGGUUUCUUCGGGCCCGCGCGGUAAUGUAGGUAAACACGUAGUACGAUAAUCAGCGGGAGUUCCCACACGACGACGUUGCACGCGGGAAUCUCGCGGGCAAUAGAAAUCGUAUACGGGGCAACACAACGACAACAACAAAAACAACAAUAAUAAUAACAAUAUCUCCGGACACCCGAUAUAUAAGGUGGGCACAAGAAACGCUCGGGAGGAGGAGACGAACGGAAUACACACACACACACACACACACACACAGAAAGAGAGAGAGAGAGAGAGAGAGAGAGAGAGAGAGAGAUAGAGACGUUAGUCAUUUGUCACCGGCCCGUCUCCCGAAUAUAUACGUCGCGGCCGGGCCACACAAUCCGAAUCCUUACCCGGCGGCGUGUGGUUAUACAGGGUGUUUGUUACACCGCCGUCACGCGAUUUUCUCGGAGACCGAAUCCGAUGGUUCCGGUCCGUUUUUCUCGUUGUCCGGCCGCGCCGGGGACUAUUGACGGAACCGCGUAUACCCGGUUACCGUUUACGGUUAACGGUAUAGUUUCGCAUCAGUUUCCGGACGAUAGCACCAACGUGGUGUUUGCUCUCUGUCCCGCGGUCGUGUGAUUUUACGCCGCAGCUAUAUUUAUUGUGACUCGCGGACGGAGGAAAUCCGCGAUAAAUCAGCGCGUGGUCCGCGUUGAAAACGACAGGCGGUCAUUACCGGUGUACGCGACUGAAAGUCACGUGGACGGCGUACCGUCGUUGAGAUUACGGCCGUACGGCGAGGUGUAGGAAACGAUAACAAAUACAAACACAAUAACGUUGUCUCCGUAAAUAAGUCGCGGGACCGUCGAAAUGAAAAUCGCCCUGUAUACCGACACCACGCCCCCGGCAGCCGGUAAUCAACACGCGCCGCGGUCGGCUUGUGCAUUACGGUGGCGUACGUUCGGUUAAGGUGUACGAGUGCGCGACUCGCAGCCGGACCCGACAAUAAACAUCGUCAUCUCUACGGUUUUUUUUUCCCUUUUCUUUUUUUUUUCUUUUCUCUCUCUCCGUUGAUAAUAAUACGAUUGUAAUAUUUUACUAUAAUAUUUAUCGCUACUCUUUAUUCCGCCCGCCCCCGCUUCGCGUGCAUACACGUAUACGUUUAGUCGGCGGCUCUCCUUUCACUUUCGUUCCGUACGAAAAAUCCGCGUAUAGAAAAACGAUAUUAUUUUAUCUCUCUCUUCUUCUCUCGUCGACGACGUCGCACGCGUAGUUCGCGUGGUGUAAACGAGAUCGGAAUUUUUUUUUUUCUCCAAACACGCCGCGUGCAUGUCUGUGCGCGCGGUGACCUGGGAGUUUUCACGGGGACGGGGAUGGGGGCUGGUGAAUUCGAAUAUGAUUACAGGUGUGCGGGCGUUAUGUUUGCAGGUAGAAAUCGGUAUAACGUUCGCGAAACGCGUUUUUCCGGAUAUUUCGCAAAAAUAAACCCCACGAAAAAGCGCGCACGCAUUAUUAUGCGACCCCGCGGCGGGUUAUUUUUGUUCAAUUUAAACUCCCGCUGUAUACGAGAUCUCGCACCCUAAAAACCGUUCGGCUACAAAAAUGUACCGUAUAAACUACGGUCACAGUUAACGUCAAAUACCGGGAUAUAUUUGUGUCUAAUGAAUAUCCAUCGUCCGUCCACUGCCGCUCCCUUAAAAAAAAAAAAACUCCACGAGCAGCUUGUCCAGACAUUCUCCCUAAUCGUUUGGACUUUUCCGCGCGGUCACCCCUCCGCCACAACUAUUUUUGUUGCAGAAACCUUCUGAAUCGUGUCGGUCGCGUUUUGUGUGCCGUUCAUUUUCUAUUCGUCUUGCAGCCUCGUUCCGCGGAGUGUCCGACGGAUUUACUAACCUGCUCGAAAAACACCCUGUCAAAUGUCCAUGUCAAUCGGCACUCGGUUAUUUAUACACGACACUUUUAAUCCGUCGUCGUCUCUCCGUCGUCGCCGGCGUAUCACACGGGGAGUAUCGAAUGAUUCACGUGCGCAUCAUAAUAAUUUUAGACUUUCUUGAGAUUGAGCCCUGGUAUAAUGCGUACAGCUCGUGUACGGAAAUCGAAACGGUUUCCCAUCAUUGUUACACACGACGCGGCGUAAAAAAAAAAUAUUUGUCUUUCUUUUUUUUUUUUUCUAAUUUCGAUGUGAAAUACGUCCGAGUAUAUUAUGCUGCGCGUAUGGACCUGCCGGUCUCUAUACACACACAAUGCGUUAUUAUAAUUAUCGAGAUUGUUGUUAUUAUUAUAAUUUUUUUUUUUUUUUAUAGUAAAUCUCGCCGAUGAUGCCCAUCCCCGUCGUAUCUCUUCCUCUUUCUAAAAUAAUAAUAAUAAAAAAAAACCAUCUGGUUCGAGAUGGCCAUGCCCACGCGGCCACAUCGUUUUCGAUAUAGGUGUUGCGACGACGCCUCGAGUAUACAGGGUGUCCCACGGAUAUCUGAUAAACUUUUGUUCCGUUCAAUAAUUUGUAAGAUUUUAAUUUUUUUUUUGAUUUGUAAUAAUACCUCGCGUGUUAAUUUUAACAUUAUUUAUUUUUCCACGAAAUCCAUGAUAGUCAUUUUGUAAAAUUAUUUUGAAACAUAUAUUAAAUAUUAUACAAAAAAAAAACGACUAUUAAACACACUAACGAUGAGAUGUUAAUUUUCCACAAAGUUUUUCAAAGUUUAUGAUGAUUCAAAAUGUUUUUGCGUUGUAAUUAUUAUCGUUUGGCAAAAGUGACAAUGGUAACAAUUAAAACGUGUGGAGAUUUCAAAAGAAUUAAAGACGUUUUACCUGUAAACAUAUUUUGUGGUAACGUCGACGUUUUUAUUACACAGUAUAAAUUUCGUAAAACGGUUAUAUUGGAUUUUGUAAAAAAAAAAAAAAAAUGUAUAAACGUACGUAAAAUACACGAAUCAGGAGCGUCGAACAGAACAAAACGACGAAUGGCUAUUGUUGCAUUCGUCAGAUCUCCGUGGGACACCCUGUAUCCAUUGUACGGCCGGUGGCUCUGACGACCGCGUGGGAGUCGCGGCAUCAUUCGUCUCUUGCAAAGGGAAACGGACCGAAGGCGGACACAAAAAAACGACCGUUUGUAUCCAUACGAAUCCCGACGACGACCGAAUUCCUGUAAUGACACGUUCGCGUAACCAUACAAAACACGGGCCCGUUCCAUUAUACAAUAUUUUAUUUUAUUUUCCCGAUACAAUAAAUCCUACGCGUGGGUUCAGGUUUUUGUAAUCGGGUGACGGAGAGAAAGAGAGAUAGCGACCGAGAGACGGAGGAUUGCGUUUACCGAGGAUUUUUCGCGGUGGUUUUUUUCCGCCCGGGCCCUUUUAAAAUCGUUUUUGUAUUUUUAUCAUUUUUUUUUUUUUUUUGUUUACCCGAGGAGGACAAACAUGUCGCCGCGCAGAUAAACGUAGUUAACCGCUGCAGCAGCAUUUAUCAAAACAUUGCGUUGCCGUUUUGUUUGCCCCCCGUGUGAGAUAAUGCUGCGGUUCAUCGCGGUGGCGACGUGAUGCUGCGCGAACGGUGAUGCGGUCGCAGUACGUGUUCCGCUGCAGUAGGUCGUUUUUUAUUAUUGUUAUUUAUUUAUUAUUAUUUUUUUUUUUUUGUCAUGUUAUACGCGUCUCGGCAGAACAAAUUGCAUUUUCCGCACACACGCCCACACAUACGCGCGCGCGCUACUUUUUAACAUGGUCUUGAAAUAUCUGUAUCGUUUUUUUUUUCCACGAAGACGCGCGACCGUCGGAUCUACAAUAUAUAAGCGCAGUAAAUAUUAUGUCAGUUUGUUCCGUCCGUCUGCGAUCCGCAGUCGAAUUUUCUGUCUGGUGGCGAUUUCUGAAAACGUCCGUGCACAGGUUGCGGGCAGAUCGCCGAAAUCCGAUCUUCGAUUCGGUAUACGGAUAUCGAAUUUUUUUUUCGAUUCCGGUUUACCUCGGUGACGCCGGACGCAAACAAUAGUACAACGAUCACAAUGUCGGCCGAUUCGGUUGUCGCGGUCACGGAAGAAUAAUACCCUUUUUUAUUAGAACAUUUAAUGACCGGGCGACAACGGUCAACCGCAGUGUAACGAUAUAGGAACGGUGGCGGCACCGGGGUAUAACACGUUUUGAAUUUCCCCUCCCCCCAUUUCCGUCCCCGUUCAAUACCGGGACGGCUAGUUAUGUAACUAUAAUAUUGUUACCUCGUAAAAAAAAAAAAAAAAAAAAAAAAAAAAAAUAAAAUAAAAAGCAUUCCGAAUAUAUUAUACUAUUUUAUAAUAACGUAAUUCGCGAAAAACACGAUUUCUCCCCCCCCUCCCAUCCGUUUUAUUUUGUCGCAGUUUUACGGUUGUUAUUUUUCCCCGCCCAUCGGAAUCCGACACGUAAUUUGAAAUUCAAAUUAACCCGCGGCGCCGUUACCGUACAGAAAUGUGUGUUACGCGUAGCAUUGUAAUAAAAUAUUAUAGUCGUCGUCGUCGUCGUCGUCGCCGCGGAGCUAUCUGCCGAUUAGCGCGAACGAGUGUAAAAAAAAAAAAAAAAAAAAAAAAAAACGUUUAGUCCGAACAUUUUUGUUCGGUAUUGGCGGUUUUACCGAAACGUGAGUGUUUUUUUUUUUUUUUUUUUUUUUUAAUACCGUAUAUUAGAAACUGUUCACGGCCGCGUAUCUUGCAUAAUAUGCGGAUUUUCCGCUCACGCGCACGUCGACUCGCAUCCGCGUUACAGUUAGUUUCGAUAUUUUAUAGAACUAGUUGACCUAUUUAUAUUUAUACUUACACGCGUAUAUUAUCGAUCUUAAAGGCGCGCGAGAACAUUUUCCGCGUGUGUGCGACGGGUUUUCCGAUAUUCUAAUUUAUUCGAGCGAACGCGAAUGGCGUAGGCGUUUUCGAAAUCGCGAUAUUUCGCGUUUCUCAAUCUCGUGAUUGGAGGGUUGGUGAGGGCGCGACUCUUUCGGGGGGUCAACAUUCAAUUAUUUACGGUUGCAGAAAAUAUGAAAUAUCGGUCGCCGCGCGUAAUAUAUUUAUUUAAGGGUCGGUAAACAAUUAAAUAUCCAUUUAGGGGCCGCGACAGUAAGACAGUUGAGAAACGCUGCUGUGAGUGAAACAGUUAAAACGUCGUAAAAAUAUCGACACUUGUUGUUGCAUCGAAAAUGUGUUCUCAUCUUUAAAUCCGAUACAAUUAUUGGUAAAUUCAAUGACUGUAUAUUAAAACCGGUGACGUAUUUUCUACUUCUUCUAGCGGGGGAUCCAUAUAGUUUGUCUGUUUAUAACAGUUAUACGUAUCUGGGAUUUUUUUUUUUUUUUAUCUGGAGUCGGUUCAAUAUUGAAUGUGUAUGUAAAUUCCAGUCUCGAAUCAACUAUAGUCCAUUAAUAAUCGUUUUGUCCGCGCAGCUAAGUCUUUUUAUCCCUAAAGUGUACGUUGCUUUUAUCUCGCUAAAUAUUUGGCCGCGGCUUUGAAAACACAAUAGUACAACGACACGGUUACAAUGUAUAAUUUCUUUAUUUGUCGAUCUAGUAACCUUUUUCGAUUAAAAACUAUAACAGCACAGAGUCGUCGAAAUUUCGCCGUCGAAGAUUUACCGUCGCUUUCGGUACAUAAAAUAAACUAUACCCGGUUAUACGCGUACGACUUCCCUGCAAGUCGCGACUAACCUUCCCCCCACAUUUCCCGCCCGUACAAAACCUAAUCUGACGUCACGGGGUUUUUUUUUCCGCUGUUGUUUUCAUAAUUUCGGCGACCGCAUAAUCGGAUAUUAUCAUUCCGUAUACUAUUAUCGCUUUGUAUUUACGCUAUACGUUUGCGUGUUUUUUUUUUCUAUCGCGCGUCCGACAUCCCCGCGCCGUCGGAAAAUAAUCUAUAUUUACAAUCGAUCGUACAAAUUUCCGGGGCCCGUUGAAACAACAACCGAUUUUCGUUUUCGUGAGUCCCCGCUGCGCGUCGUCGUCGUUUUGACCGAAUUUUAAAACAAAAACGUCUGUCAGCCACGGCGGCGGCGUGCGGCGAUGUCUGUAUUGUAAUACUUACCAACUGAGCAAACACGUUUCCGGGUCGACCCACAUUUUCUUUCUCGUUUCCAGCGCGCGCGCGUUGUGUUUUUAUAAUCGCUUUUUUUUUCCCGUCGCGUCGUGUGCGCGUGUACAGACACAAACUACCGUUUUUUUUUUUUUUUUUUUUUUUCAGCGACGCGUUCGACCGCGGGACAUUCACGCCGUUCCCCGUAGCGUAUAUCGUUAUCGCGCGGCGGCCGAAUUUUCGGAGCGGCGAGCGUCGACGCGCGUCGCUCUGUUCGGCCCCGGUCGGUACGCCGGGUCCGGCCGUCGCCGGUGGUUGCGCAAAACCGUUCAAGUCGCGCCGUCGGUAUCGUGUAGCGACGCGGAAAACGGCGUCUCCGGGUCAUUCCUUCGGGCGGCGAGAACGGUAGUUCCGCGCGACGCGCCGCAUCGCGUUUUCUCGUAUCCGCGAGGUCGCGGACGAGCCGAACGAGUGAGCGCGGCGACGAGGUGUCGUUACCGCGGACGCGACGGCGGUGCGGCUACUGUGUCGCGAAACAAUACGCUGCGUUUGCAACGCGAUCCGAUUGGUUAACGCGGCCCGGUCCGGCCCGGUCCGCUCGGGUCGAGCCCGAGUAUUGCCGUAGGCGCGUAAUUUAUAAAUCGGUCCGGUGUACGAAGCCGUCUAAGCGAUUACCGUAUUAUCGCGGCCGACACCCGGAACUCGAGGCGUACGAAUAGAGCACGACGCGAAAUUAUAAUACAUUGUUUGAAACGUUUCGACGCGCCUGUAAUUCCGGGAUGCUGUAUGCGUAUGGCGCGCUAGAAACGAAACAGUCCUCGCCAUCACUGACUGGCCCCGUUGACUGCACGCACGCGCCUACCCCGCCCGCCACGUCAAUCCGGACCCGGCUGUUGUACGUCGAUUCGAAUUGAGCGGACGAGUCUCUCUGUACGCGCGUUCGUCAAUUGUUUUUCCCCGAAUUUCAUUCGCUCUGUUCGAACGGUUAUACUAGUAAUUCUGUGCGGCUUUUGAUCCCCCUUCGAUGGGGAGCGAGCGUGCUCGGCGGGAGAAAAUGCGCCCCGAAAUACGCCGUUUCCGGGACACGACUAUGGGCCAGCGACCGUAGGCCCGUAGCGUCGGGCCCGACCGGUCCAGCAGUUCGGGCGGCGAACGUUCGCGUCCGCGCGAUAAACGCCGUGCGUUACGAACGCGAACGUCUUACGCGGGGAUGCAGGCGCAAUACUCAAUUGGUCUUACGAACUCGUUUUGCGCGCAACGCGGUUGCGACGGCGCGAAUUGCGUUCACGUUCGAUAUUGUCGCCGGCGGAACGGGAGCCGCGCGGUUCGUUCGACCGCGCGCGCGGACCGCUCUGAUAAUAAUCGCGUGCACCUCUGUGUGUGUGUGUGUGUGUGUGUGUGUGUGCGAUAACAUUCUCGUGUACAGUACGGCGGGAAAAAGUCCUCUGCGCGCGGCGAGCUUUUUCUACGAUUCCGGUGUACCAACCACCACAACGUUAUAACACGAAUGCGCGUACGGUGCGUGGUGGUCCGGGGAGGGGGGGGGGUACACAGUAAUUUAAUAAAUCCGAUAACGACCGUGUAAUUUGCAUGUCGUAAAAAGAAACGAUAAAAAACAAACGUGUAUUCUUUUUUUUUCGGAUUACGCGAAGGACAGAAAAGCUCUGCUAACGCACUAGAAGUAAAAAAAAAACGAUAAUGUAUUAAAACGGUAUCUAUUCAUCGCGUAUAAGUGCGUUUUCUUUUCGCGAUACGACCGGAACGUACAUAGUAUUUUUAAUAGCGUACAGACAGUGGAAAAGUGUAAUAUUUCACAACAAUAAAAAUAUCGAAACGACGCGAAAUAAAAUGUCAUUACACUACACACGCCGAACACGGUAUAAAAUAUAUGUGUUUACCCCGUUUUCUAUAUGCGUACGCGCAAUAAUAAUAAUAAUAUAAAACCGCAUUGGAUUUGUCGAUUCCGAAAUAAUGCGCCGGCCGUAUAUACUUUCGUGCGAUAGUUUGGCCGUCGGCAUUUUCACGACCGUUAUUCGAAACGACCGUAUACCGUGUACGCUGCGGAAUUGUCAUUGGAUUAUAAUAUUAUGCGUCGGUGUAUUAUCGUUAAAAUACAUAAAACAUUUUCGUCGCGGUCGAAGCAACGGGAAAAUGAAUAAUGAAAAAAAAAAAAAAGAGCACCGAACAAAUAUUGCGCGCUACUAUACGUAUUUUAAUAAAUAAGAAGCUCGGAAGAAUAAUCGCGUUAUUUCAUACAUCCUGCGUGUGUACAGCGAAGAAGCUAUUUUACAGUUUUAACAAGACGUCUCGGAAAUCGCUUUUCGCAAUUCGUAAAUUCGCCAGUCGGUUUUUUAUCGUUUUAAAUUAAUAGCAGUAACGCUUUUGAACGUACCCCCCUCUCCUCCCACUUGUAAAACGCCGAAAGUCUAACGUUACGAAAAUAAAACGACUUUCUUUUAAUAUGCGCGUUUGUUUCAAACUUCAAAUUGAUUUUUUUUUUUUUUUAAAACUGUGCUAACAAUUUAUUACGUUUUUGAACCGCUUGUCGGUAUUUAUUCGUGGCGCCAGUAGCGUCAUAUCAGGGGGGAUACAGAGCGGACACUCGGGCGUUAUUUGCAACGGUCUGACUUUUAAACUUUGUUCUUAAGUAUCGACAUUUCAGUCGAUCUCUGACUAUAGGGACUAGGUGAAAACAAUCUCAAAAACCGAUUCAUUCAUCUAGACCUCUCGUUCGUAAAACAUACUCUCGCAAAUAUACGUCAAUCGCCAGUGGUCGAAUUUUCGAUUUCCUCUAUUUUCACGAUUUUUCACUUAUAUACAGAAAUACGGGUAAGUUCGUCCCGGUUUACAUUUCCGAAAGAAAAUUUUUGUUAGGAAAUCCUUGUUUUGAUUACCCGUGUAGUUUUUUUUUGUAACAAUCGGGCGAGUUAAAAUUUUAUAAUUUUCGAUUAUGUUGUUUUUAUUUUGUUGUAAUUCGGUUGAAAACGAUCGUAAAAUUAAAAUUUUUACUCGAUGGUCAAAAAAAAAAAAAAAAAAAACAGUUGAGCCUAAUGAAGUAGUUUAAAUCUGGACGAAAAUUACAUUUCAAAACACUCAGACUACGCUCAGGAAUCGUAUUUCGUCAGCAACGAUUUAUCAUCGUGUAUACACGUGUUAAUCGAAUAACUUUCCCAACAUUCCCAACCCCUCACCUACAACAGCUGAGCAUACCCGUCGGCAGCGCCAUCGGCUGUUUUUUUCGUCGUAAUGUCGCGGUGUAGCACAACACAAACGGCUUUUUACGUAAUCUACAUCGUUUACAUACACGGAUCUCUCGGAAUACAUAGAAAGAUCAUUUCAUCCGUAUAAUCGAUCGACGACGAGCAUUCAACCGGAUCCGGGGAGACAUUAUUAUGACUCAUUAUUCGAGUCUGGAAUUAUAUUCUCUCGAAAACCACAAAUAAUAAGCGAUUAUAAUUUUUUUAUAAAAGAAAAAACUACUCGAAAAAAGCACUUGAAAAAUAUUUAAAAUAUCAAAAAUGAUAGGCGUAUUUCAAAGUCUCCUCUCCUAAUGGCUUUAACUUUUAAAUUAACUUUUCUAACACUAUAUAUGAAAAUGAUUAACACAAAGUCAUUUUUAUUAAAAAAUAAAAUCUUACGUAUUAUAAAACCAAUAUUACAUUGUGUCGUUAGAAAAUCGUAUUUAACGAGUUAAAGGUCCCCAGAGCUUUUAAACCCCUCUAAUAAUUGUUUUUAUUUUUUUAAGUGUUUUGAAGGGCUUUUUUUUAACGUUAUGAAGCGCUUUUUUGUGGAUUUCAAGAGAAUAUAAAUUCGGGGUUUCUACUCAUUAUAUUAUUAUUAUUACUUACGAUACGCUUAGUAAUAAUGACGGAAUAUACACGCACACGAGAGUUCAGGUAUAAAAAAAAAAAAAACAAGAAAAAAAAAUACUAUACUUACUAUUACUACUCUUCUAUACUAUCAUACCGCUUACUAUUUUUAUACUCUGUGUGCUAGUGGGUCGUCUCGCGCGUUUGUAUAUACUCAACGACCACGACGCGGCGGUACGUUUUCCCAGAUUAUUAACCAAAAAAAAAAAAAAAAAACAAUUUUCGAUUUGUCCAUUUGUGCCGCCGCGGCCGACUCGGCGGUAUAAUAAUAUAUAAAAUAAUAUAAUAAAAAAAUAAUAAUAAUUACAGAGGAGCAUAUAAAGUAGCGGCGGCGGUCGCGUUUUCUUUUUCUUCUUUUUCGGGGGGUCGUCCGUUGGAAAGUGCGAUGAGCGGCGGCGCGCGCCCGUCCCAGAUGUGUGUUUACUUUUGGCGGCGCAGUUUUUUUUUUUUUUGUGAAGACUACGAUAAUCACGUCUCGCCCCAAGAGGAUUAAAGAAAAAAUUAAAAACACCGCCGUCCGCCUCCUACUGUAACCGGCGCGGUAUUCGCGGUCUCGUCGUGUGGUAGGUCGCGGCUGCGAAACGACACGUCGCGUGUACGAUCUCUCGUAUGUACCGCGCGGUAUAUUUUAUACAGGGCGAUUAUUUUGCGAUAGCCAAACGUCUACGUGCACGGAUGCCGAAGUAAAUUUCGUUAUAUUCCAGUGCGAAUAAUUAUUUUUCUCCGAGGCUUUGUUUGUCAAUGCGAAAUCGUUCGUUGCGAUGGUCGUCGAUUUUGAUGACCGAUAUUAAAAAACGCCACUUUGUCUGCCGUCCCAUCGUGUUUAAAAUUAAGCGUGAUUGUAGUGUUCGGUGUCAUCGGCCCCUCACCCACAGUCAUCCACGUCUCCUUGUCGAAACCCAGUUUCGUGAUCGAACGAUCGAUUUAAUUUGAUCGCGUUCAUGUCGUUUGAAUUCGUUCGAACAUCUUUUGACGAUAGUUCAGCCGAAGGAGGACGGGUUCUGCCGUUCGUCAGCAGCCUUGGUUUUUCGCGAACAUUCGAGUUUCUUUGCACACGUUACUUGAAAAAAAAAACGAAAGAAAGAAAGAAAGAAAAAAAAAAAACGUCGUUUAUGUAUGUACCGGGGAGUUAGCUAAAUGACUGGUCCGUUAUCGCCGAGACGCGUCGCCGGAUUCUUCGGCGAUAACACCGGCUGUACAAUCGCGGCGCGCGGUUAACGAAAACAAAAACAAAUAAUCACUCUGUGGGGCCGCGGGUACGCGAGACGACGACGCCGCCGCCGCCGCCGGUGCGGGUCUCCUCUAAUUAUCUGUUAUUUUCCCGUUCCCGUAAAUCCCAUUCCGGGCGGCAUUGGCGUUUUCGUGCCGCCGUCCCGAGUCGACGCGCCGCCGCCGCCGCCGCGCACCGCCCACUAAUUACAUUUGACCCGCACGCCAUACGCCGCGCGUAUACUUACGGCCGGCCGCGCAGGUACCGGUCUCCGGGCGCUGCGUACGCGCGUGUUAUUGCGCCGCCGCGUGCAUCUCGUCGUAGACGACGGCCGCGCGCGCGACCCUGUGCAAUACGUACCGCGUGCAGCGUAAUACGUACGUACGGUCCGCGGGUGCCGUUGCGGGAGCAAUUAUGCGCGACGUACGGCCGUAGACUCUGGGCGGUCCGACGGGUUUAUUUUUUCAUUUCCCCCCUCCUCCCCCGCCCCCCCCCGGUUGUAUUUUGUUUGUUUUUUUUUUUUUUUUUUACUUUUUCGCCUGUUAUUCACGUUUCCGUAUAAAAUAUACCGGCGAACAUCGCGUUUUAGCGUUCUGCCCACAAUAUUAUGUCGUAAUUUUUUUCGCGCGCGGUUUUUUUUUUUUUCUCUUUCCGCAGCCGCCGCCUGUUGUCGGUUUUAUUUUUUAAACGGGACCCGGCGGUGGUCUCCGUCUUUUUAUAACAAUAAUAAUAUUGUUGUUAUUAUUAUUAUUGUACUAGCCGAGUCCGUCGUUGUUACGACAAUACCGCGCCGGUGUUAUUACCACCGGUGCGCCGAAACGGCCGACUUUUACGACCGCCGGCCGUCUGCGCGCGCGACAACGCAAUUAUUAUCUCGUUGCGCCGCGCCCACCGGACCGCCGCGGUUCUCGCCGUUCGCGGCUCGCACGGUAAACGGCCCCGUGAACCGCCGGCGUACGGCCCGGCGACAUCCGCCGGUUCGGCGAAAUUACCGCCGCCCGGAACGAACGAUCGCGUGCCGCCGAUGACCGGUCGGGCGUUCGGCGAGUUACCGCGCGCGGCGUCAGGCGGCAGGUGCGACGCGCGCGAAAACGCGCCGCCUUGUCUGCGCGGUGUCGAAUGCGAAAUAUUCACGAUCGCGCGUUAAAAAUGGGCGCGCGCGCCGGGCGGCGUACCGGUGGCGAAUCCAUUCGGGUGAAAACCGCCGGUCCGCGUCUCCCGAACCGUCGUCGAAACGGCCGUGCACCGUGUUCUCUUCGACGAAUUCGUGUUCCGUUACGUUUGAACGGAACUCGCGCCGGCCCCGGGAGAAUGUCGCCCCCAACGUCGCGUGUCUGCGCGUAUCUGCACGCAACGGUUCUGAUCAAAUAUUAUUGUUAUUGAACCGACGCGGGGGGAUUGUCCGCGGAGCAUUUCGCGUUCGAACGGCUUGUGCAAAUCUUACAAAACGGUUUUUAAUUUUUAACAUUGCCAACGGGCGGCCCAAUUAAAAAUAUAUAUUCGCGCGUCGAAUAACGUGUUCUGUUUUUUUUUUUUUUUUUUAUUUAUUUUUUACGUUGUUCUUCGUGUCGGAAGGUGCUCGCGAAAUUUCGAUAAAAAAAAAAAUUAUUCGGUAUUGCAUCGUAAUAACGUAUCGCGCGAUCGGUUCUCGCGUGUACGGAUAGAGAAACUCCAUUUGUAUACAUUUUUUUUUUUUUAUUUAUUUUUUACGUUGUUCUUCGUGUCGGAAGGUGCUCGCGAAAUUUCGAUCGAUUUUUUCGGUCAGCACAGCAGAAAGCUUUCGCGAUGCCGGAAUUUCGGGUUUGUCCAAUCGUCGCUUUUAUAUUGUAAUACACAAUCGCGUACCUGCAUAAUGUGUAGCGGGUACAGGUAUUUGGACGAACGGACGGUUCCGCAGUGAAUUAUCAUACGUUUCCUCUCCUCGCCCACUGCUACCUAUUGCCCGUCACCUCUCUUCCCGUGACGGUCUCGUAAUAAAAACAGGUGCCCGUAACUCGAAUAAUACCACAAAAAUGUAUAUAUAAAAAAAAAAAAAAAACCCGAAAAACUCGGUUAAUUGGCGGUUUCUGUAUCCAUAGGCCCGGCCGGACUGCGGGAAUAGAGUAGUAUUGGUAUACGUAUAUAUUAUAUUUAUUAUCUAUCCGGCCAUAAUAGAAAUACGAUAUAUUUUCCCAUGGAUGUUUAAUAAUAUAGAAAACACACACACACACACACACACACUCAACACCGUUCGACCGCCGCGGUGGGCACACUAACGAAUCCUGUUUUAAAUAAAUUACCGCGUAUAUAAUAAUAUAUUGUAAUGUAAUAAUAUUAUGUAUAGGAGGUACCUAUCCAUAGGAAAUUGAUAUAAAAAUACGGGGUUAAAAAAAAAAAAAAAAACCGUGGACAAACACUUUACGACAUUUCCCUGUAUAUUAUACACAUUAUAGUACCCGUACGAAAAUCACACUACACGAGAGAGUACAUUAUAAUACCGCGCACGACAUCAAAUAAUAUUACGUAUAUUAUGCACCGUUCUCAUCGUUAUAAUAGCAUUUACUACUCUACCGGUGUACGGCGUGUACACCAUCGCACACACGUUUACCGCGUAUAACGAGAGAAAAACGUUAUUAAGUAUACCUUUUUUUUUUUUUCUUUCUAGUUUUAUAUAUUUUUCGACGCGACAAUUUUCCAAACGCCUCGGUACAUAAUUAAGACGUACGUCGUAUUUCUCGUUUACGCGCGUGCGUACUCGUAUUAUACGUAUACUGCGGGUACACGCCGUCUUGUGUGCGGGGCGACCGUCCGCUAUGGGCACUCCGAAUAAUACUGAACUUUUUUGUUUCGAUAUCGACACGGGCUCCGCUCUGUUUUUUUUUUUUUUUUUUAUCCAACAACUAUACGCACGUACACGAGUUAGCUUUGACCGAGAUUAACGGCGGUAAAUCGACCAUAAUAUACAUUGUAUGACGACUGUAGUCGGGACGGCCGUAGAAAUAAUAUUAAUUUGUUCGUUUGGUUAGGUUUUGACGUCUUUCUUUUUUAUUUUUUUGCUUACGUAUCGCCGAGUUAGCCGACGUAAAAUCGAACGAAAACAGUGUUACACUUUCGUAUCGAAAAUGUCGACAACCCCGUGUCAGCCGCCGUCCUUGUUAGGCAGUGAAUUCGAAUUAUUAUUCCUGGUCUAGGACUCCGAAUGUUCAGCUCAAUCCGUUUUGUCGCUUUGGCGCGAAGCCCUAACAAAACAUCUAAUCUCUCCCGAAUUUAUAAUUUCAGUGGGAUAAGGGUAAAUAAAACGCAGUGCGAGUUUAUCCGGGAAGUGACUAGAUGCGUCAAUCGUCCCGUAACGGCGCGGAUCCCGUUGGCCAAUGUAGAAACGGGACAUUGAUGGAUUACAGUUUAAAUGUCGAGCGCGGAAACCAAGACGGGGAUUAGAACUUCAUCGGACGACAAAAGCCAUUAAGAAACUUUGUACGUUUGCGAUUAGCUACAACGAGAGCGUAGUAUCGUUAGUGUCGCCGAACUGCGCGCCGGUUACUGCCGGGAAGCUGCGGUCGCGCGGCGAAUGCCCGUAAACAAAGAGACACGGCGGCGUACUUGGCCAACGUGUUGAACUUAUAACUUGCAUACAAUACCAGCUGAACAACGUAUACCUACGUUUGCGGGGAUUCCUUUUCACGGAAAUACCGAUGCGCGAGGCGUGUUUCCUCGUAUAAAACGAUUCUUUUUCCGGGUUUCGGACGCGGUUAGACUGCCGGAGACGCGCUUGGAUAUAAUAAUAUUGUUUCGGGCGCGUACGGUGCGCAAGAGAGCCGGUCGACGCGUGAUGGUAUAAUCAAUUUUAUUGCGUUAUCAUGUAACAUUGUGUUUCGGACAUUCCGGGUUGUUUUUCUCGACGCCGCCGCCGAAACGGCACGAGGAGAUUUCGUUUUACGUCGUACCACACGCGUUCCGAACGUAACGGAAGAAAAAAAAAAAAUAACCGAAAAUAAUAAGGACGUAUUUUUGUUUUUUUUUUUUUUUAUACGGCACCGCUCGCUGUUUACACGCUGAAUGUUUAUCAUUACGUCGUUUCGGUUACGACCCUGUACGUAAUACGCCCGUGUACGUGUAUAAAUUGCCCGGUGAUUUACGCGUUUGCGCGCGGUCGUCGUCACUUAUUCGACGCGCCCGGCGGGACGUGUGUCGCGUUGCGAAUCGAAAACGCAUCCCCCGAUUCGACACGGAACGCGUGUUUCACAGGGUAUGAAAUAAAUUGAGUUUCGGGGGGCGAAAACGCAAGAAGCGAACGACCGUGUAUCUAUAGGGAAACCACGCCGAGGGAAACGGAAUCGUAAUUUGUUUGUAUUAUACACGGAGUGCGUAGUAUACGUAUUAUACUCGAUCCGUUUUUUUGACCGCUUUUUUUUUAUUACUAUUAUUAUUUUUUUUUUUUAAGACAUAAGUUUUUUCGCCGAAAACUCCGUUGCAGGGACUGCGCACACACGCUCGUAUUCCACGCGGUAUCGGACCGCGACGAAUAACAAAAUAUUAUCGUAUACACACGCGCGCGUGCUCUUUCCGCGUAUUUUCGAGAUUUGGCGGAUUUUUCUUAAAAAAAAAAAACAAACAAACAAACCCCCCCUCCUCGAUAAAUAUAUUAUCUGCUCGAGCAAAACACGAGUGUUAUGUUUCGAAUUCGUUUUUUUUCGCCCGUCAGAUUGAGUUGCGGCGUCUGCACGGAACAACAUCCGUCGCUGUAUUUAGAGAAAUGCGACUCGAGUUUUCUGUUAGAUGUUCGCCCGUUGAGUCUAUCACGUGCAUAAUAUAUUGUGUGCGAAGUACAUUCGUACUGGCAUAAUAUAUUGUACGUUAUAGUUUAAAGUUGUUCGUUAGUUUGUUGUUUUGGAACGUUGAAACUACUAUACGCUUUAGUAUGGCGCGCGGUUGUUGUAGUCGUAAUUCGUAUGGACGGCGAUAAAUUUUGUAAUAAUAUCGGCGUGUGUACUCGAAAAUAGAAUAAAAAAACAUAGGCGCCUGUACUUCUAUAUACCUAUGUAUAUAUCGCUUUCGUUCUUAUGACGUCGUCGUUCCGGGCGACGAAAAACUCGUAAUUUAUUACAAUAUACUGUCGUCGGAAAUCAUUUGUUUUUUUUUUUUUUUUUUUUUGUUUUACUUUGGUUUUCUUACGUCUAUCUCGUGAUUUUACACACACGCAACACCCGCACGCGAACGCACUUCAAGGGUACGAAUAUAUUGCGAUCAAAUUAAAAAAAAAAAAAACGAUAAAUCGUUGUACAUAAAAAAACGAUUUUGAGCGGUGAGUUUUGUCUCUUGUGUCGCCUAAGUAGAAAUCCGAGAAAUCACGCAUGGGGACCGAACUGCUGAUAAUGUCGAUAAAAUUGUUCAAACAAAGUACCGCGGGACAGAAAAUCCGCGUCUUUUGAGAUACCUGCGCGUGAAAAAUGUUGCCGAAAUACCGGAAAAAGCGUUUUUGCCGAGUUUUUUCGUUAAAACUAUUGGAAAUUUCAGAAAAAUGUUUUCAGCCGUGUUCCCCCGCUCGAAAAAUCCGAAUCUCUUGAGGUAGGCACAAUAUGUGCGAAACUCUCGGCGAAUCUAAUUUCGCUCUUACCGGUACACCCUCCCUAAAAUAUUACGUAUCAAAUCGUCCCGUCUCGUCAUGAACGGCGAAACUCCUGUGCGCCGCCGCGUCAUUGUUCUGCGCUAAGACCUACCGCGGUACAGGGACUACGGAGACUCGACGGCGGUUUCGAAUACGGUGGCACGAGUCCCUUCCGGCUCCGUUUACGUAUCAUUUUUUGUUAUUAUUAUCAUUGUACUGUAGUUAUUGAUGGUCGGGUACCGUUAUCACGCGCACGCUCGAGAUAUCGAAUGUUCGCGCGGUUCUUGCGGGAGGUCUUUUCUCGUCCGUAUUAUACCAGGUGUACUACACGUGCGCGCGUACACAUACGAUAAUAAUAAUAAUAAUGGUAUAAUGUCGUACAACGACGUCGCCAUUGUUCUUGUAUUUAUUAUUCAUGAUGAUGACGGCGACGGUGAUGAGGAGGUAUAUUAUGCGUAUAGUAUGGGUACCUACUCUCGCAUACACGGGCAUAAUAGUAUAAUAUGGCUGAUAUUAUAUUUUGUACAGCGUUAUUUAUUGUUUUUUUUUUUUUUUUGUUUCUACGAUGUUUCAGACGCGUGUUCGAGUAGGUCGACGCCGAAACCGCGACCCCUGCAACCGACGGUACGGCCGAACGUCACCUUCCACACGUACCCGUGUCCGUCGGUCUACGCCAAAUGGUAUUGUCUAAACGACGCCACGUGUUUCGCCAUCAAAAUCGGCGAAUCGUUGCUGUACAAUUGCGAGUGAGUAUUAUUAUUAUUAUUAUACGUUAUCAUAUCGUAAUGUUAACAUGCAUAUUGCAAUUCGUAAUCGGAGAUAAGCUAACUGCGAACGCGCCCGAUAGCAGCUCUAUAUGAAAAUAAAAAAAAAAAUAAUAACAAUAAAAACAAAACCGUUUUGGGGAAGAUCAAACCUCUGCAUCUCGUGUACUCCCCCGCCCUGUAGCUAGACGGGAACAAGCCCCCGGGACAGUGAACAAACCGUAGGCCCUCUGAUUGUAAAUGAGCGAGAAAUUCGACACCUCGAUCGGCGCGACUCCGGACGUGUUUUCUCGCGGUAAUCGUUUGCCACGCGGCGAUACGAUUCGAGAUUGCGAUCGCAAAAUGAGCGCAUACGACGUCGCCGGUAUAUCGGCUGGGACGGGUACAGAUCCAUGGGCGGAUAGAACUACAGGGAAGCCAGAUAUUUCUCGGUGGGCCCAUAAUAGGAUCCUUGGAUUCGCCUUUGGCAGUGAUGUAAUGAUGGGCAUUAUUGAAUGGACUACUGCCGAACUAUAUUGGUUUAUCCGCGAUGGAUCCAGGUAUGAUAAGUCCGUGUUUAUAAGGCCGAUAAGGAAAAAAAAAAAUCGGUAAAAUCGCACAUUUUUUCAUUACCGGUAGGCCCUAUCCAUCCGUGGGUACAGUACUCCCGAUUUUGAAAACGAUUGAUAAUAGUGAACUUGGUUUUUUAACAAAAAAAAAAGGCUCGCCGGCCUACAAAAGAGGGAAUCAAUCGAAAACAUUCGCCGAUUCGUCACGCGACACCGCGUCGGGUAGGUUUAGUUAGCAUAAUCAACCUCGCGGUGACGGAUUAUCGACAUUUCUCCGGGACGGGGUCCUGUAUUUUCAGUGUAUCUGUUCAACAGACGCCUCUCACCUCUGGACGACGUUCUAUUGACAUUUUGCGGUCGUCUGGGAGUAGGGCUAAGGUACAGACCAACCGGACACCCCCGCCGUAAUUCCGCCACCGCGAACUCCCGAAAUCGGAUUUCGACGAUAUCUCGUGUUUGUUGUCGAAAUCGCGAGCAUACCCGUGUACACGCGUUCCGGUGUCGGGGGACUCUCUACGGCGUCUAUUAUGUUAUACUCUUUUAACGCAACGUACCUGCAAUGAUGGACGGGUUAUACGGACGCGCGAAGGUCGCUCCGCUCGCGGUGGCGGUGCCGCUGCGCGCCGAGGUUGUAUAGGUUUGCGUCUCUUUCUCUCUCUCUCACUCUCUCUCUCUCUCUCUGCAUACUCAUGCACGUAUAAAUACGUAUACAUUUACGUAUACGUAUGUAUAUUAUUAUUAUUAUUAUUAUUAUUAUAUUAUGUACGUUAUAUUAAAUGCGUGUGCGUAUACGUCUUGGGCGCACAUAAUCCCCGGUCCGCAUUGCGGGUCACGUAUCUGUUUAAUGCCCGGGCACGGAUAUCCUUCGGACCUCUUUCUCGCUCCCGCCGCUGCGCGACGUCGACCGUGUGUGUGAGCGCGCGCGCGCGUUGAGUCGAGUCGCACAGUCCUCCCCGGUCCGGAGUCGCAAAUAUUUCAAAAAUUUCCGACCACACGCACCCAAAAUCCGCCGCCGCCGACACCGCUGCCGCCGCCGCAGCUGCUUUUCACGAAAAACCCCUCUGAUCGUGCGAGCCGCGGCUCUUGUGUGUCGGGUCGGAUUGUACAUAAUAAUAAUAAUAAUAAUAAUAAUAAUAAUAAUAAUAGUAUGAAUUAUCGACAGACACGACAAUAAUAAACACCCGCCUACAACGCCGCCGUCACGACCGCGUUCGUCGAACCGCCCUGUAUAAAUAAUACGCCGCGGUGUCGUAGAGAAAUAGGUAAUAAUAUCUGAGUGGAUCCCGGCAGCAGACAAGCGAACGGCUCGAGUCGAAAAUUUGGGUUUUUUUUACACGUACAAUCUAUUAUAACCGGGCUGGAGGAUAAUCGUUUAUUUUCUUGACUUUUACUCGCGAUUUUAGUCACCUAUCCAGAAAACGUGUCGGUAUCGUUAUUGAAAAUCUCCUAAAUUCGAAUCGGUUAGUCGUGUAAUUUUAGUAUUCGGAAGGCGGCUAAACUGGUCAAAUGUUUGUUUUAUUUUUCUCCGUAAAGAUUCGCUUUUUUAAAAACUUUAUUGACUGUGUGGACGACUUUUUUUGUACAGUAUGUGAAAGUACAGAUAUUAAAUAUAGCUAAAGGUUUUCAAGCUCUAUCAGAACACGUGUCGAUAAAAAAAUAUAUUAUAACAAAUGCUUAAACUAAAUUAUCAGCAAUUUAUCGACGUGUUUUAUCAAGUGCCCCUUUAACUUUAAGUAAUCCAGCUACAAGUGCACAAGUAAUUUCUCUCUAUGAUCAAAUGUUUAAUAAGUCGCUAGAGAACUUAGUUGAAUAGGUCAUUUUUUAUGAUUACGUUUGGUCACGCAGUCACUUUUUUUUUUUAAUUACCUUUAGUCACUUUCAGCCCUGUAAAUGUAUGUCCUAUCUAAUUAUAUUAUAACACAUAUAAAAUUGUACUGAAAAUUAAAACACUUUUACAAAAUAAUUUUUUUUGGCAAAAAAGCCGUACAUAUAAGUAAUACAUUCUGCAGAUUAGAAACUGUUUAGUAAUUUUUUCAUUAAUUUUUUUUCAAAUAUUUUUAUUUUAGAUUCAGUGUCCCACGCGGCUUUGCCCGUGCACAAUAUCGAACGAAAUAUUGUAAAAAUGCUAACGUUUUUCUCCUCAGUCGCUCGUUAGUUUAUUUUUCAAACGUGAACGUUUCUUGCCGGUGAAAGCCAAAUCAAACUAAUUAUAACUGUUUUUUUUUUAUUAUCCGUGUCACCAGGCGGGUAACAUUAUAAAUAGACAAGAAAUAAAACAAUUCAAUUUUCGUACCUAGUAAAUCGUGUAAGUUUUCAAAUCUCUGCGUGCGAUAGAUUUGGCUGUACGUUGCAAGCAGACACCCGUGUCAAUUAUUAAUUUUCCAAUUUUGCAUUUUUAUUAUUUUUUAACCAUUUCAAAUCGCCCAUUCCGCCUGUGUCCACGUGUUUUUUACUACAUGUGUGUCUUUUUUAUUUGUACAGCAGUAGUUAACACUUUUUUUUCUGGUAGUUUGAAUUUUUUUGUAAUUCUUGUAUUGUAUCGGCACCGCUUUUGAUACAACGGUGGAAAAACCGACGACAAAUAUCCCGGAUACGGAUUUAUCGAGAUUUUUAUAAUUUUAAUUUUCCUACGCGGAGCGAGGUGGAUUUGCAACAUAUUCUCGGAUUCGCUACUGUGCGAAACAAAAAAAAAAAAAAACUCAUCGUAAACAUUUUUGAUAUUUUAUACAAACUGACACAUACGCGAAUCGUUUGGACAAUCAUUAUAAUAUGAAUUAUGCAUUUCCGUCAAUCGCUAUAGAUAGGUGUUCGAAGUCUUGUUUUUUUUUUUUUAUUUUUCCUCAUCCGAUGCCUUCCGAGUGUGGGACGCGAGACGAUAUUACUAUGACGACGAUAUGAAUGUAAGCGAUCGCCGUCGCGAAUCCCCGUCCCGUAGACCCAGUUUUCGCGGGACUCCGGCCCGUGAACAAUAUAAAUAAUAAAAUAGUAUUAUCGCAAUAGCGUACGCGCGCGAAGCACGGACGAAGCGUAAACGAGAACGGUUUUUUUUUUUUUUUAUUAUUAUUUUUUUUUUAUUUUUUUCUUCCAUUCCAUACGUUUUUUUUCUCCUUCUCGACCUUUGAAAACACAAUCGUUUUCGUACACGAGGUACGCGGGGUCGUCGCCGCCGCCGCGGUCGUAUUAUUAUAGGCCGUGUCGAGAGCCGUUGGAAGGGAAUAUAUUAUUAGUAUACAUACAUAACGGGCGCGCGCGGGAUGAGACUUUGGAGCGUCAACGUUCCGAAACGGCCGAUUCAGACGUUUGGAUGUUAAAAAUAAACGCGCGAAAUACAUCAUUGUUGUAUUGUACACGCGGCCGUCGCGAUGGUUCGCAGGCGUUACGCGCGGGCGCGCGACACGGUACGUCACGCGCUCGUUGGCGUUCCCGGGAUUUCUCGCCGGGCGGGGAGUGUGACGGGCGCGUGAACGCGUUGGGAAGCGAGCCGACACACCCCAUCCCUCGCGCGAAAACCACUCGCGUUAACCAUUACUAUCGCACGUUGCGCUAUCGCACGUUGUGCUAUCCACUGUCCACUUCCACUAUCGACGAUGUUACUGCCGCCACGACAAUAUUUUCAUCGGGCCGCUCGGGCAAUCCAUUACUUUUGUCAUCGCCUACGCGCCGUCGGCGCUAUUCAACGCGCUUGAAUUAUUUGAAUUACUUCGGUUCAUUUCGGUCGAACGUACACCAUAGUUGACGUAUCGCGCAACGUUUAAGUGACUCGUUAUAACGGCUAUCGCUCGUUACAUUUUUCACUAAAAACGAACGAUAGCAACAACAAAAACCCGGGAAAAUACUUUCAUCAUUGUUCGGCGGCAGUAUCAUGCGAUUAGCGCAUUGUUUAUGUCGAUUAUAUGAUAUGAACUCGGCUAAUUAUAAAACCAGAACCGCGAUAAAGAUAUUAAUCGCGAUAACUACAGACAUUUAAAAUAGACACACGGUCUGUAACCGUGCGUAGUCUGUAAUCUGUAUACGAAUUUUUUGGAAAAUGAUAACGAGCUAAAAAAAAAUGUUUACUGAUGAUAUUUAUCUAUUUGAUUAUUAUCACUAUAAAUAUCAGUUGAAAAGGAAACUCCAAAUUACCUAGAAAAAAAAAAAAAGAAAGGCCAUGGUGGGGAUCCAUUCGCUAUAUCCUGCGAGAACGCUCAUAAUUGUAUCGUAUAUAAUACGUAUAUGAGAAAAAAAAAAUACGAAAAUUAGCUAGGACUUUUUUUCCGGCUCGUUUAUAACUAUUGUUUGACCGAUGCGAUUCGUAUGCUAUCCGAAGUGAAUAUUAAUGUAUCGUCGGGUUUUAACACAUUUUCCCGCGUGUCGCGACCGAAUCGAUACCGCACACAUCGCGCGUAAAUAGUAUGAUGUUCGGAGGGGCUACAGGAAAGUUUCUAAUUUAAUUCCGACAUGAGGGAGGGGGGCGAAACCACAGACGAAUGUAUACAAUACGAAACUUUUCACGGAGAAAUCACAUUGUAAUAUUAUAUUAUCGUCUUAUUAAUUACGAUGACGUUGAUGGAAAAGUGGGAAAAAAUCCAUUCGAAUCACUCAUGCAUAAACGUAAUAAUAAUAUUAUUAUUUCGGUCGGCGGAGAUGAGAGAGGAAUACAAUGUACAAAAACGCGUGUAAAUACGUAUACUUUUUUUUUUUCGAAAUAAUACAUUGGUACAGAACGCGAGAUGGUCGAGAACCGGCUAUACACAGACGUACUACAUAGUCGCACUAGUAUACUUAUAAUUGUCCGCUAUCGAAUCGCAUAUACGAGUGUACCUAUACCUAUAUAUAUAUAUAUUACGGCGGUUCUUAUUUUGCCGAUUUUAAAAUGAACAUCUUGCUCCGGAAAAUAAUUAAAAAAUACCCCCAAAGUUUGAGACAUUUUGGAUAAUAUUUAGUGGAUGCGCACGGCGUUUUAUUAUUGAAUAACAAAAGAAUCGCUUAAAUCAAUGAAAAUAGUGCACAAACGACCACAGAUCGUUUAUAGUUGUUAUUUUUAUUAUUUUUUUUUUUUAAAUAAAAAUAUCUCAAUGUAUUUUUGAUACCAUACGUGAGAAUGUUUAAAUUGAAGACGCUAAGAAAUUAAGAAACUGUUUAUUAUUACAGCUAGGAUAGUUAUCACUAUUUAUAUUCGAGAGACGUAUACGUUGAGUUUUCCGAGAAUUUCAUGGGGAGCAAAAAUAAAUUCGAAUCGUCAAGUUUUUCGUGUUAUCUAGGUUCGUGACACGACUGUACUUUAUUCAUAUUAUAAGUUGAAACUAUUUCAAUAUAGAUGUAGUCGGUCAUCGCAUAAAGAAUUAUUAGUUUCAGUAGGUUUCUGAAACUUCUGAACAAUCAAAUCCGCUUGUACGUGGUAUCAUAAAAGAUAUUGAGAUGUUAUAGGAUUAAAAUUGGUCUUUUGUUUUUUAUUAAAAAAAAAAAAAAAAAUUAUUAUAAACGAUCGAAUUUCAUACAAUCUGUUUGACAUUAAUUAUCCAAAAGGCCUCAAACUUCGUGGGUAUUUUGAUUUCAUUAGACGGCAAAAGAUGCGCGGGUAUCCCGAAGGGAAUUUUGAAAUCGGACCACCCUAUAAGUGUACACGCACGAGAAAACCGAUUUAAUAAAUUUCCAGACUCGGUAACGUUCGGCAAUAUUAUGUUGCAUCGAAAUCGAACGCGAUAUUUACGACGACGACGACGACAUCGGCAUCGUAUAAAAAAAUACGAGUAUACAAUAUUAUAAUAUAUAGGUAUAUAACACCGUAGUUAAGCAGUGUGCACGUGGUACAGUGUGUAUACGUUUAAAAAAGAAUCGCGGAUUAACGAGACACGCACAUACGUGUAUACUGUUGCAGAUGACGAAGGCCUUUGAAAACGGGAGGGAGAGGGUGGGAGAAAGAAAAAAAAACGCAUAUAGUUUACCCGGGGAGUGUAAUUUUUUUUAUUAUGUAUACAUGUACAUAUACCGUAUAAUACGAGCAAUAUUAUAUGCGUUUAAACGAAGCGAAUUGUUGUCGAGAAUGAAAAUCAAUUGGCCGCAAGGUCGGGGCUCUGUACCUAUAGCUAUACAUUUAUUAUGCGUAUUAUAUAGUUGUACUGCGCUAUGGAAAAAAAAAACCGGACGUCGUAAUUUUCCGAGGUGAGUUUAGACAACAUCGGUUUUUCGCGGUGUGUGGGAAACGAAAUGUUUAUCGCGCGUUAACAACAAAUCAUUAUUAUUAUACGUGUAGUUUUAAUUAUUCGUGUGGUUCGCGAUUUGUACAGGUACAUACAGACUUUUUUUAUUUAUUAUAAUUUUUUUUUUUUUUGUUCCGGGCGAUUAGACGUUUAGACGCCGAGCCGCGGUGCGCCGUAUCGAAAUUAACGCGCUGCACAAUAAUAUGAUUACAGAUAAAACGCAGAAUAAAUAACAUUGAUUGUUACGCAUAUACAUACAAACAUAGAUAUAAAACCGUAUGUAAAACAAUUAGGUAUUGUAGGGCAUUUUUUAAAAUUUUUUUUAAGGAGGUUUUCCGCGUCCCGAUUGAAAACGCAGCAAAGUCCGUUGGACGCCCUGCAGUAAAGAGUGAGAUUUUCCUUAUUGCGUGUCCGCUGGUGAGUAUAAACGGAGUAUGCGUUUGAAUCGGCAGAAUUUAUUACAAACAAAUUUCAUGUUUUAUUAUAUUCAAAAUACUCUCACUGUGAAUGGGUAUCUAGGGAAAGUCCAAAAGCCAAGGGGAACAUUCGAUCUAUCGGCUCACGAAGCAUUUUACCGCGAUUACUAAUAUGCUAACAUCACGGACUAGGAUAUUAUAGUAUAUGGGAGUAGAAUAGCCUGUACGUACGUUUCCGUUUCAAAAACGGACUCGUCCCGUCGACGGUUUUAUUAUCUGACGUCUGAAAUUAAUCACAAUUCUGUAUCAUCACGUGAAACAUGACAUAAACGAAUAUUUCAUGGUGUAUUCGAUCGAUACAAUUUGCCGUCUUAGAUAGUGUAUGACGGUUGCCGAUUGUACGUCUCUCGUGGUUUUCGGCUGUCAUACAAUAUCUAGACUUAAAUACAACUGUGUCCCGUGUAGAUAAAACAAAAUGUAUUAAAUUAUAUCGGGUACGAAACAAAUCGACCAUUGUUAUAAACGCUUAGUUACUAUUAGAGCACAAUAAUUAAUUAUUACAUCGUGUGUUUCAGAUGUACCGACGGCUUCAUGGGACAGAGAUGCGAGUUCAAAAAUUUAGACGGAUCGUAUACGAGUAAGUACCUAUACCGAUAAACGUAAUAUAUACACUGUGUACAAUCUCGCCGGUGUGCAUAACACCGUGAUUUCUAUAUUUUAAGGUUAGGUUGGUUGGGCGGACGGUGGCGUAUUUACAUAAUGGCCCUGUUCCCGAGUUCGGCCCGAGUCGAAACGCAAUAGCCUGUAGUUGGUUUUAAGAGUUUCUGCACGACAGUCGGCGUCCUAAACGUCGUAAACCUAUAUAUUGCUUGUACUACCCUGCAGUCGAUGAAAAUCCACCGUGGGUUUGGAUAAAGUAGAGGAGAAACGGAAAAAAAACUUACCUGUUGGUGCGAACCUGAUAAACGUUAUUGGAAAUCUAUAUUAUAGUGUCCUAAUAUAAGUGACGUGAACUAAAAACCUAUGGGUUACAGCUCGGUCCGAACUCGGAUCCGAAGGGGGGGGGGUCUGUAAACACGCUGGUCGGUGAUUAUUGUCGCAUAAUGCGUACGGGGACCUCCCUCGAAAUAAUUAUAUAACAUAUACACUAUUUGGCGGCGGAGGUGGCGAUAAAAAUCUGUGCGUGUACGAGUAAAUCACAACAGGCGCGCGCGAACCGUUCCGACUUACAUUAUUUUAUUAUUCGUCGUCGUUAUCAUUAUUAUUGUUAUACGACUGCAAUUUGGGCGCCGUCCAAGAAAGAAAAAAAGAAAGAAAAAACGCCGGACGAGUCUUACUGAGAACCGUGGCGCGCGUACGCGGUUCCUGUAUUCAGUCUCGUAGUAGCCAUGCUAUUUCGAAAUUGUAAAAAAAAAAAAAAAAACACAAAAAUCUGCCGCGGCGCACCGGCAGCCACAGUCGUCGGCGGUAACUUUCGACAAAAUCGUUUGAUUACUGUAUCGUAUAGUACAGUAGUAUAUUAGGUAUACAUACUGCUGCUGUGCGUCCGUUCUCCUAUUACUUAACCUACCAGACGCCGUUACAGAAAACGAGAAAAAAAAAAAAACCACAAAAAUCUGCCGCGGCGCACCGGCAGCCACAGUGAAGCCGGUGGUGUACACGGAUAAUUUAUGUACAGGGUGAUUGUCGUAACGUAAGACGGACUGCGCUCGUUGUCGCGGAAACUGUGAAAUCUUUUCGAACGUUCGAGAAACGAGCGGCUCUAAAACGUAAUAUUACCGUUAUUUUUUUAUCACCUUCGUUUCUUUUAUGCCGCUACAUAUUAUUACGCGCAGAUAGCGACUUUAAAUUUCGGCGCGGGGAGCAGUGCUGUGGCGCACCGUUCGCGUGUAGAGCCGCGGUCAACGCGCGUGACAUUUGUACGGUGCGCCGCUAACCGCGAAAGCGGAAUGUCUCGUCGGCGGACACCGAAAAGGAUUCGUAUUUUUCAAAUGCGGCGUGUCGCUGUUAUACGCGAGCGAUCAGCGGAUUUCGCGGCCCCGAAACGUAAAGACGACGUUUAGAAGCCGCUCGUAGAAACGCGUACGCCGAAAAACACAGCGCCUGAAAAAAUCUAAAGGUUUCCGAGACGACGUGUCGCGUCUUGUGGCCACCUCGUACGUCCUGUAUAUUCCGCCGCCCCCUCCCCCCCCCUCGCGUACGAGACACCCGACUAGACGGACGGUCUCCGUCCGACCGCGUCGCCGUCAUCGUAUAUACCGGGCAUACCGGGUCGUCGCCAAUACAAUAUCAUAAUAAUAAUAUGUCGCACACGCACGCAAGAUUACGAUAUGACGAAACGCUUCUCCGAGUGUGUGUGCACGUAUACGAUAUCCGAGUGAGCGAGCGGAGCGGCGAGAGAGAGAGAGAGAGAGAGAGAGAGAGAGAGAGAGAGAGAGAGAGAGAGAGCUAUUUAGAGUAGACGCGUCUUGACCGGACCGGAGAACACGGCCGUGCGCACAAAACAUGAAUGGGCCGCAUAAAAAAAAAAAAAUAAUAUAUAGGUAUACACACACACACACACACACGCGUGUACACACACGCACACACCAUUCGGGUUUAAUAACAAUUUUAUAUUAUAUCGCGCGCGCGCUCGUGUAUGUGUAAUGAAAACGUACGCGCGCUCGUAUUAUAUAGAAAAAAAAAAAACAGGUGUAGGGGGAGGCGAAACGGUGAAACGAGACCGCAUACCAAACCCGCGGCCCGUCCGGCAUACUAAUGAUUUACUAUGAUAAUGAUAAUAAUAAUAUUAUAUAGGUAUGCGCCAUCGUCUGCCGUCGCCGUCGACGAGCGUUAUUAAAAUAAUAAUAAUGAUAAAAAAAAAAAAAAAUAGUAAAAAAAAGUGUGUAUAUAAUACGACAUUAUAAUAUUAUAGGAUUUUUUUUUAAGUAUAAACGUUUUCAUUACGUUGUAUGGGGCUGUGAUUUUGAUAACGCACCAGUGCACCGCUAUAUAUAUGUAUACAUUUAAAAAAAAAAAAAAACCAUUUAAAAUCCUCCGACGCCCCGAGAAGAAAAAACACAUUUAAAAUUCCUUAUACCCCCCUACUUCUAUAUCCUUUCGAAAAAACUCCUAUAAGACUUUCUGUCGCCAAAUAACCACGUCGGUUAAAAGCAGAGGAGGAGGAAAUGCAGAGGUCACCUGCAGAGUAUCCAGGGGCGGAUCCGCCGGUAGGCGCUAUAUACGAUUCCCUUGGGCCGGAUUUUGACCUUUUUUUUUCCUAGUAAGAAAUUAUACAAUAUUAUUUUCAUUUUUAUGUCCGAUGAUAAUGCGAUAAAUGUGUAAAAUAACAAAAUUAAUAGAAGGAUGAGUUACCACACUAUAGUCCGGUUGGAAGACUGCUGGUCAAAAUGAACACCAUGUAGCGCACAAUGCGAACUUCGGUAUAAGUUAUACCGAAUAAUCGUACAGCACCUUCUAUGGAAUAAUCAUAGAUCCGCUCCCGGUUACAUCUCGAAGCAGAAAAGUUUUGUGUCGGGGCGUUAAUUAUAUUAUGCACUAGAAUCGUAAUACAAAUUUACUGCAUUAUGUAUUAUGACAUUUUUGUUGGCAACAGUGAACUAUAAAUCGUGCCUGGUUCCUUAUCAUCUUUCUGACAACAUGGCUCUCCGAAUGAAUGAAUAAUUUUGAAACACUCGUCUAAACCAUUUUGUUGUAAAGUACCUAUGCUAAGAAUAAGUAAACGGGGAUUCUUAAAAAUACCAUAAAAAAAAACAACCAAAAUAAAAGUUUCGAAACCGCCGAGUUCAUCAUAUUAACAAACAUAUUAGUUCAUCAUAAGUCCGUACGUUUAUUCUAAGUAAGCUAUUAUGUGUCUUACAAAAACCCGAAAAAUGGCUUUGUGCUACACAUUCUUAUAGGUUUAUAGUGUAUGUACUCGUUGGCUUUUUUUUUUACUAAUCAUCGUUUCGUUAUUUUUCUUUUACAGCCGCCCGACGACAAGUGAUGCUGGAAUCGGCUAGUAUAGCUUCGGGGGUCACCGUCGCCGUGCUGUUGGUGUUCAUAAUUUGCACCACGGUUUACAUCAGGUCGAAGAGAGCGAACAAAUCGAACACGACCGACAUUUCGUAAGUUUAUAAAUAGAUAGCGUUUUUUUUUUUUUUUUUUUUUUUUUUACGGCUAUUGAAAAACGUGUGUAUAUAUACUUAUCCACAUGAUUUGUUUUGUUUUCCUCCGCAGAAUGGUGGACGGUAAUUGGACGGAAGCGGAAAGGCGGCCGUUCUCGUUUCGUCCGAAAAUGCACACGAUCGUCACAAUUAUUCCUUUAAAAACUGUAAUCACAGUGAGUACUCGUCGUACAUCAUAUUAA